AGCUGACACCAAGUGGAAAGGCAGAACUUGCCGGAGUGAGUGUAGGGGACUGGCUAUUGCAGAUUGAUGGUGAGAACACAUCAACCAUGACUCAUAUUGAAGCUCAAAACAAGAUCCGUGCCUGCAGCAACAAACUGAGUCUUGUCUUAAGCCGGUAAGAUGGGAUGACUAGUACUGUAUUCCAUAUGUGGAAUGUAAUGUUUUCUUUUCUUAGGAAUUCUUUCCAUAAAUCCACCUACCUAAAUCAAUCACUAGUGAACACGCAUAAAUGGGAACUGCCAAUUAUCUGGAAUUACAUCACCGGAAAAAAAACCUUUACACUCACCUAUAAAUACUUUUUAUCGUUUUUUGUUUUAUGCUGUCUUGUCUUUUAAAUUUAUAUAAAAGAUUUAUCAUGUGAUAGCUUUGUCCAGGCACGGUCAGGGCACAAAAUGAGGAGAAAGAGAAAUAGUGUUUUAUUUCUCCUGUUCUCUGUAUGCUUUCUCUCUGCUGACUGCUAUGUGCAAAGACAUACUAUGUGCAACACACACACACACAUACCUAAAGGCCGACAGACAAUCACAGACACACACACAUCGUUGCAGGCAGACAAUCACACACACACACACUCGCUCACAAUCACCUAGACCUAUGGUAUGUAUCUGUUUCACAGACGCGAUCUGCCUAUCAGCAGCGCUACGUUGGAGACUCCAUGAUUGAAUCUCAGACUCGCACUGAAGUUUGGGGGCACAGAUCCUCAGCACUGGACUGAAGACUGGGGAUAAACCAUUCAUUAACAAUUUAACCCCUGAAUGAAAGCCAGCGCCAUGGACUCUUCGCACCAUAGCAACUUCAUACCAAUGAUGGUGUUAUGGGGCACAGAGUGACCUUUUAAGCAUUUUUAUUUUUUUAUUUAGUGUACCAGCAUAUAAACGCAUUUCAGCAGGGCCCUCUUCAACUCUUCUUUCUAUCUACAUUUAUUUCAUUUAUUUGCUGUUUGAUAUCCCCAUUAUAUAAUGUAAAAGUGUAGCGAGUAUUUUGGCGCUAUAUAAAUAGACUGUUUUGAUCUGUAAGCUUGCAUCAAGACAAACUAACACUUUUUUAUUUUUUUAUUUUGUAGGUUCUCACAUAACCUGGCUAAUCAACCAAAGGUAAGUUUCUCAAGGGCUCUAAAUCUUUAAACAUGAAUGAAUGAUACGUGAAAUGUAGAGGUACUAGUUUUUGAAUGAUGGGAUUUUUGUACUAUUCAUCAGCACAUGUUUAUACGUCAUUCCUAUUCCCUUUUCAUGUUUUCUAUGAAAAUGUAAGUUCUCUCCUUUAUUUGUCCCACCUGUUCUGAUCUCAGCAAACUCCCUACAUACAGAAGCAUUGCCUUUUAAUUGGCAUUCUCCUACUCCUGGCUGUGGCUACCUUGGCAUCAAACCUUUGGGCUUCCCGAGAUUUGCAUGUUCUCACUCUCUCCCUCCUCCUCCUCCUCCUCUGCUGCAUUCCUGGAGCGGCAUGUUCUCCGCAGGAUAAACAGCCUGGUUUAUUCUAAGCGAUUGGAAUGUCUCUAAAUCUCUCAAAGGAAUACAGCACUUCAGGAAGACUAAUUAUCACUCAUCUAUUAACUGUGCUGUCAAAAGCAUGUAACGCAAAACCCAAACUUUCUGAUUAUUGCUUGAAAUACAGACAAAUCUCAGAUAUAUCAUAUCCUUUGUUCCUAUUUGACAGUUAACUGCUUUUUCUUUUGAAGUUUAUUGCCAUUCUACUUUUUCCAUGCAAAUCCUUUGGGGACUAUUCACUACAAUUGGGAAUUGUGAAGCACUACAAAUUAGUGGCCAAAAUAACCAAAUAGAAAGCAUUCUCUAAUUAUCCUGUGUUUUGUGUGACAGCAUUACAGUUUAAAAUUAUUCAUUUUCUUCUAGGUCAUUGACAUUAUGCUGUGACUCGCACAAUUCUGUUAAAGGGAUACUAUAAGCACCAAAAUGGCUGACCAAGGUAUCAGGUGUAAGACCACCGGUGAUCGAAUUGAACUUCAGUACAUCUUUAGCUAAAUGAAGUGGUUUUUGGUGUAUAGAUCAUGCCCCUGAAGUUUCACUGCUCAAUCACUCUGCAUGUGUGAUUAAAGUUCAAUCAGCAGUGCAGGAGAAAAAAACUUUUGUAAAUAUAUUUGUAUUGGAUAUUUAAAAUUUUUCGGUUUUGAUCAUGUCAUAAGAAAACUUCGGCAAGGACACGCAGGUCCCGUUAAUAUCGCAUUGAAAAAGAUGCUGCUCUUGUAGGCAUACAUUGGUGACACGCAGGUCACAUUUAAACGCAAGUAGCAUUUAUGUGUUGGACUCGCAGGUCCUAUGAUAUAUAAACAAACAGUGGGUAGUACUGUCACAUGAUAUAUAAAAUAAGAGUGUGGACACGCAGGUCCCAUUUUCACCCAGGAUUAAUGACUGUAGCAAGAGGUAGUGGUCACUUUCGUGUUUUUAUAGUGGUUCACAGGUCUCUUCUUGGUACAAUUAGCAAUUAUAUGGUGGGCCCGCAGGUCCCCGAGCUCUUCAGACGUGGGCAUGUACUACCCUCCAGGGGGUUUGGGGUGCGCAGUACUAGUUGCGGUUGUCAGGUCCGUCUGGUAUAGUCUCUAAGUCUAGUGGAGUGGUAGAGUCUGUCACUGUAGUGGGGAUGAUCCCCUGGGACCAGAUCUCCAUGUAUGCUUUGAUGGCAUUAACUGCCCCCAUAUGUAGCUCAUCUGUCACCCUGGGGACUGUCAUUUGGGUGAACCAUGUCUGGAGUGGGGGGAAUUCUGUUUCCAGUAUUGGGGUAUAGCCUAUUUGGCUAUGUGCAGAAUUCUUUGUUAGUGUAUUUGUACUGUGUUUACGUAGUCACAUCAUUCAAUAGCGGUGAAAAGUAUUAACAUGUAUGGGACACGCAGGUCCCGAAAGAGGUCCCAUUUAUUAAGGCACACAGGCCUCCAUUUCCCUAAAUAAACAGUAUGGUAGAUUCGCAGGUCUCCGUUAGUUAGGCAUCUUAUCUUUGUAAGGGUUGCGCAGUACCCUAUUGAUUGCUCAGAGCAUGGUUAUAGAAACUAGUUUUAAAACCUUGCUGUGUACAGGUGUCUGAUAGAGUGUCAGCAUUUACAGGUAAGGUUGGCUCUGGUUCGUCGUAAAAGUGCGUUUGAAGGGUAGAGUAAGAUGUGUGGCUCAUUUCAGGAGUGAUGGGUGAGGGAUGAAGGAUGGGUCGGUUGUCCCUGUCGUGGGUUCUCCUGUGUGUGAGGUGUGGGACUGACUUGAGCAUUCUAGCUGUCGUAUGGGUCCGCGCUCAAGCUGCGUGCCGUCUACUCCGGUGUCGGGUAGUAGGGCUUUAUCACGUCCUCCCUUUGGGCCCGGUAUUUGUUAAUGUUGGCCCCAGUCACUGAGUUUGUCUGUGAACCCAGCUCCCACCCUUGUCAGUAUCCAGUGUGUCCAUGUGUCAAGGUAUUGUUGUGUUCUGUCCGUAGAUUUCAUGUGUAUGUCUUCAGUCCCCCUUAGGGCCUCCAUUUGUGUGAACCACUUGUCUAGUGUAGGUGCGUCCUUGCUCUUCCAGUGUUGUGGGAUGAGCUGUUUUGCUACAUUAAGUAUCCUAAUAGUAAUUGAUCUUUUGUAUCUAUUACUUGGUGUGGUAGUGUGAUGGAGGAGCAUUGCAGCAGGGUCAAAGGGGGUGGCUGGUCCGUGAAUAUCUUUAGCAUUUUGUGUAUCGCCUGUCAAAAGGGUUGUAUAUCUGCGCACUCCCACCAAAUGUGUAGAUACUUCCCCGGCCCUACCCCGCAUCUCCAGCACUGUGCUAGGUGGUCUGGGUAUAUUUUGUGUAAGACGUCUGGGGUGCGGUACCAGAGCGUGAGUAGCUUGUAUGCUGUUUCUUGGUGUUUGCUGAAUACCGCGCAGUGGUGUGUUAACGAGCACAUUUUAUCCCAUUCCCCUUCGCUAAAGUUGCGGUUCAGGGCCGUCUCCCAGUUUCCCUUGAACCUGGGCGCCUCAGUUGGGACUUGCAUCUGUAGUGAGGUAUAUAAGGUGGAUACUCUGUGGGGGAGGGGUUCUAGAUCGAGACACAGUUGUUCAAACCCUGUGGGGGCAGGCUUUAGUGCUUGGCCCUGGGGGAGGGUCUUAAGGUAGCUCUUUAGUUGGGCGUAUUUGUAUACCUGUGCAAAGGUAGUAGGGGAUCUGGGAUAAGGCCUCUAAACGCUAGGGGGUCGAGUCCUGGUGGAAAGUCCGCGUUGUGUGUCAGGGGGGUCAACGGUGAUGGGUAUAGGGCAAGGCUGCAUUGGUCCACCGUCCCGUGCCACAACUGCAGGGUGGAUUUAACGUAUACGGGUGUGUUUCCCCGUUUCCCACGUGGUAACCAUGGUGCGAGCGUUAUGGGGAUCCCUAAGUCGGCCUCCUCCACUAUCUUCCACAAUUUAUGGACAUUGGAUUUUGACCAUUCCAAGAUUCGUAGGAGGUGUCAAGCGACGUAAUAUAAAUAGAAAUCCGGUAGUGCCAUACCCCCCUUGUCCUUCAGUUGUGUGAGUUGCGAGAAUUUGAGCCUGGGUCUCCUCCUGUUCCAUACAUACCCCUCUAAUACCUUGCGGAGGGAUCUAAAGUACGUUUGGGGGAUCCAUAUGAGUAUGGCUUGCAUCAAAUACAGAAGCCGAGGGAGAAAAUUCAUUUUGACGACCUGGACUCGUCCAAGCCAGGAGACGUGGGGGUAUGACCAUUCCCCCACGUCCCUCCUGAACGCGGCCAGCAUCGGGAUGAAGUUUUCUGUAAAUAGGUCUGCGCUUCGUUUGGUGAGCCAAAUGCCCAGGUAUCUAACUUUGGUGUCUGCCCACUGGAAUGGUGUGUACCGCCCAGUUCCACCCCCUGGAUAUCCGGGUUGUGCCUCACCGCAUGGAGGAACGGCUCUAGGGCCAGAACGAAAAGCAGUGGUGAGAGGGGACACCCCUGGCGGGUGUCGUUGUGUAUAGUGAAUUCCUCUGUGAGUGCACCAUUAAAAAUAACUUGUGCCCUAGGUUGCCUAUAUAGGUAAUUUUGUGCACUUCCCAAAUAAGUGUGUGUGAGGUCUGGUCUGGGGUGUUAUCUGUAAAGUAGUCUCCCAAUAUCUUUCCCGUUUCCGUCAGUAUCUCUGGGAGAGACAGCAUAUAUUCAUUUAGUCUCCAUUUGGAGACCUUGGGCCUGUACAGUGGGGACGUUAGAGUAAGAGAGACCGGCGCAUGGUCUGACCAUGUCGCCGUACCGUGCUCCACCGCCCUCACCAGUGUCAGGUCAUAGUGGGUCAUAAAGAAGUAAUCUAGUCGUGUAUAUGUGCUUUGUGGGUAGGAUGGGAACGUAUAAUCCCUCUCGUCUGGGUGGUGUGCCCUCCAGCAGUCCAGAAGUUGUAAGCGCCGGAAGAGGGUCUUGAUGUGGGUCAAGUGUUGUAGCGGGACCUUUGAGGUCCCUGAGGACGAGUCCCAUUUCGGGUCCAUAGUCAGGUUAAAGUCCCCCUCCAGGAUCAGUAUGCCCUCCGUGAAGGAUCGUAGUAAGCAUAAAGUACGGGUGAGGAACCUGUAGUGCCUUUGGUUGGGAGCGUAUAUAUUAGCAAAGGUAUAGGCAGUCUCUGCUAUCGUGCCCUUCAGGAACAGGAAUCUCCCCUCAGGGUCGGUCACAGUCGCUAUUUCUUUGAACGGUACGCGUUUGUGUAUUAGGAUGGCCACCCCUCUCGAUUUGCCCGCACUAUAGUCACUGUAGUAGCCCUUAGUAUAGUGAUGGUCAGUCAUUUUGGGUCUAGAUCCUUCCCGGAAGUGUGUUUCCUGCACAUAUACAAUAGACGCUCCAGCGCUGUGGAAGUCCCUCGGGGCAUGUGAACGUUUCUCAGGUUUAUUCUGGCGUUAAUGGUGAUGAUGUGGAGGUUUGCCGGUCGUAGUGACAUGGUCGUAGUCAGGGGUGCGGGGAGGGCAGGGGAGGGGGGAAGGUUUGGAGGGGAGGGAAAAGUAGGGUCAAUCGGGGGGUGGGGGGGAAGCAGCGCCGGCGAAAGCGCGGUCUAGGUGUGAACAUUUAAAACAUUCCAAGCAUGGGGCUCGUGUCCCCCUCACCUCUUCUCCGUGGGAGCUCGGGCUCCCAGCAGGCCAGGCCGGAGACUGCCCCGGCCCCCCCACGUGCUCACCUGAGUGGGUCGUCAGGCACCCGGGCAGGGCUCAAGUCCCCACACAUCUCCCUUCUGGGGAUGGGUUCCCCCAGCAAUGCACAGUGGUAGUAAACAUUAGGCAUAACCCAUUUGUCUUCAUCUCCCUUUAGAGGUACCAGAGUCUCUAUGCGGAACCCAUCAGGUCUCCACUGGAGCUCGGGCCCCCAGCGGGCCAGGCCGGAGUCGGCCUCCCACGUGCUCUCCUAAGUAAGUCAUCACGUGUGGGUCAGGUGUCCGCCCCCGGCCCGGUCAGGGCACAAGCCCCACACAUCCCCCCUCCCGGUAUGGGUCCCCCAGCAAUGCACAGUGACAGUAAACAUUAGGCAUAGCCCAUUUGUCUCCAUCUCCCCCCAGAGGCACCAGAGUCUCUAUACGGAACCCGGCAGUCCCAGCAGGUAAUAAACUUUUUAGGCUAAGCCUGCGUGUGUGGGAGUGGGGUAUAAUGGCGUCUCCCCUCCCCCCCCAUCCAGUUACGGUUCUAUGUCUAGCGAUGUUAAAGUCCCAGUUAACACAAAACAAUUGGGGUUGGGGUUUGUGAUACAUGCGGGGAGCGGUCUGAGCGGUGUUCUGUGGCUAAAUGGCCAUCUGGUGCCCCUCCGUUGCUGUCCCCUUUGGGUUGCGGGAGGGUGUUCAGUACUGCCUAAGUGCGGAGCCAUGUCCAGGUAGCACAGGUCCAGGCCUCUCACCCCUCUGUCUACAUUGCUGUCCCUGACGUUUGCGUGCGGGGUCUUCAUUGUCUCUGGGGUUUUUGGAGCAGCGUCUGGGUACCCGUAGCAAACGUGUAGAAGGCCAGGGGUUCCGGCCACUGCAUUUGGACCGGCUGGAGCUGCAAUUCUUGAGUCUGCUCUGGUAGGUCGUCUGCUCCCUUAACCAGGAAGGGACCUGUCGGUGUAAAGGCUUGCAGACCUGUCGGAAAGUUCCAUCGGUACCUUAUUUUUUUAGAUUGCAGGACUCUUGUAAGCGGGCACAUCGCCCGGCGGUAGGCCAACGUGGCCGGGGACAGGUCCGGAUAGAGUUGGACCACCACUCCGUUCAUGAGGACGUGGUCAGUCUCCCUUGCUCUCUGUAAGAUGUCCUCCUUAAGUUGGAAGCUGGCCAGGCAGCAGAUGAUGUCUUUUGGCGGUGCGCUCUGACAAAGUCGAUUUUGGUAGACUCAAGCCUGCCCAGCAGCUUGUUGAAGAGGUCUGAGAGGAUCUCUCUCACGGGCUUAAUGUUGGCGUUAUAUUCAGGGAUACCCCUUACUCUGAUGUUUUGUCUUCUGCCUCUAUUAUCCAGGUCUUCAAUAUGGUAUGCCAUCUGUCUGAGCUGAGCGGAUUGCUUGUGCAUGGUCGUUAUCUGCUUCCAGCUGGGAGACUCUGUGGUGAAGGCCUUGCAGGUCCUCCCUCAUGGCGUGCAGUUCUGCUGUGAUCGAUUUCUGCAGGGCUGCGUUGGCUUCCUUGAGGUCCGUUUUGGUGGGUAAGUUGUUGAGCAUCGUCACCCAGUCCGGAGGGGGCUCCACCGUGCCGGUAGCAUUGGGCCUGUCCCUCCGGGGAAGCGAUAGUGUGCUGUCCGUGGCCAGGGAGUCAUUUGAGGCCUGGGACACGAGGUCGGACGGGGUGACCAGGUACUGCCGCAUCGAGGGCGCCGGGGACCUCCUCGGGGUGUCUGCGGACUUCACAGCGUGCGUGGCUUUAUGUGUUUUCCCCAUUGUGCAGAUCUGACACGUGGUGCGGCGAGGGAAUGUGCAGAGCCAGCGGGGAGCUCCCUCACUAUGCUGCCAUCAUGCUUGGCGUCCAAGCCACGCCCCAAGAUAAAAACCUUUAAAGAAAAUACAUUGUGCUGUCACGUCUGAUUUAAAAAAUAAAAUAAAAAUUUUCAUGCAGGCUGUGUGAUUUACAGUUAGAGGAGGUGUGGCUAGGGCUGCAUAAACUGAAACUAAAGUGAUUUAACUCCUAAAUGGCAGAUAAUCCAUAAGAUUGCAGGGGCAUGAUCUAUACACUAAAAUGGCUUCAUGAAGCUAAAGUUGUUUUGGUGCUAAUAGUAUCCCUUUAACUGUAUUUUUACAUUGUGGCAUGCAUGCUGUAACCUCCACCACUGUGUUUUGUUAUUAAACCUAGCCUGUUUACUUGGCACAAAAUUGUGUCCUACAAUAUUAAAAGGGCUUAAACAGUACAUUCCUCAAUAUAUUAAUCUUGCACGGGUUUCAUUUCUUCUGACCUCUGACCCCUCUCCUGCUGGGUAGUGCCUUUAGAAUCACAAUACAACUUUACCAGCAGGAAAUGGUUUAGUUAACAGGUGUGUGUGUGUGUGUGUGUGUGUGCCUGUGUGUGUCUGAGGGUUGACGGGUUGGGCAUGGGAUGCUCUGUAUGGGUGCAUGAUGCCUGGUUUGUUCCCCUGUGCUCUUCUCCCAAAGGGUUCGAUUGCUCCAGAAUCCCAAGGAGUGAAGUACAGUUUUGCACCAAGCAAUGCCCUCAACAAAACUGCCCGGCCGUUUAAUGCCGGUACACCACCUCCAGACAACUCUCGGCCAGGUCAAGUCACCAAGGCAGUGACAUACAUACCCCCUCCAAUGUCCUUUGCUGACAGCCCAACACCCAGAUCCCAACAACAGAACGGGUAUGUGAUUUGAUGCUCCUGUGUAUGUAUGCACUAUGGGAUAGUGGAGGAACUGUAUAGAAGGGUUGCUGUCAGAAAAGUAGUGCAAAUAUGGUAUAAUUCAUGACUGCGUGCAUGUAGAAAAAUGUUUCAUUAAAGUAGAAAAGUUCUAGUUGUUUUUAGAAUAAUUAGACGUAAAACAUUAUUUUUCCAUAAAAUUAAUGUAAUAUUUCUAAUUUCUUUGACUGUAACAUAGUAUAUUAAGAAACAUCCAAUACCCCAAAUGUACAUCUGUUAACUAAAAUGCAAGAUAUUGUCUCUAUGUGGUUUUUAACAGAGAGGUUAAAUAAAAAAAAAUAUUGCUAAGGCUUAUGAUUGCUUAUAUGUGCUCCAUUUAGUAACGAACAUAUUAGCAUGACGCGUCUGAUCACGUUUCAUGGAACUAUUAUGACAUUAUUGUGUAUUGAACCUGUAUAAUUAAAGGGAAUAUCUACGUUCCAAAUGUAUACUUUGUAAGGGAACUAUAUAGCGUUAAAAGGAUUCUCCAGUGCCAGGAAAACAUAUUAGAUGUCCCUCGGCGCUGCGUCAGGCUCCGCGGCCGUCGGCGUGAGAAACCUAUGCGCAUGCAUGGCAAUGCAUGCGCAUUAGACCUCCCCAUAGGAAAGCAUUGAAUAAUGCUUUCAAUGCUUUUCUAUGGGGAUUUCGGCGACGCUGGAGGUCCUCACAUAGCGCAAGGGCAUCCAGCGUCGUUUUAAACCACUUUUCGUGUUCUAUGAACACGGAAGUGUCUUCUAGUGGCUGUCUAGUAGACAGCCACUAGAGGAGGACUUAACCCUGCAAUUUAAAUAUUGCAGUUUAUGAAAACUGCAAUAAUUACACUUGCGAGGUUAAGGGUAGUGGGAGUUGGCACCCAGACCACACCAAUGGGCAGAAGUGGUCUGGGUGCCUGGAGUAUGCCUUUAAGAAUACUAACAUACAGUGUUACCCUAUCUGUGAGGGUUUAAAAGUUAGUCUUUACUUCCUUGCUGAGCUGGUGUCGCUGCUGCCGCCCCACCUCUCUAGCUGAGAUCAUUAGGACUGAUUAUCUUGGCUAAUUCAGUGCUUUCUCAUAGGUAAGCAUUGGGAGGCUAGUGAAAAAUUAUGUGCUGUGCCAAUCAGGUAAUCUCUGAGUGGCAUUUUAUUGAAUACCCAAGUCUGGGUUAUUUAGUUGGAGUAACUUUAGUAUCUGUCAUGAAGACCGUCUCAAUGUAUUUAGCCCUGCAAUCACAACGUUGCCGUUUCUAUUUACCCUUUUAAGGACGGCAGGCGUUCUAUGUCGUCCUUUUUGGGGUGGCUCUAAAUACCGGAGGGCUCCGUAGAACGUCCCUGCUGUCCUUCAUACUCAUCGGGUCCCCACCGAUCCCACGUUGGUGGUCGCGAUCCUGGGGUCUGCCUGGGAGCUCAGGCAGACCACCUCAGCCUGAUCCAGCCGUCCCAGGCCAUGUGAUCGCCGGAUCCUUGGGAGACUUCACUGUACACAAAUAUUAGUGUUUCAAAACAGUAAAACAUAUCACGACGAUGAUAUUGUCAGGGAAAGUGGCACUUUCACUGACAAUAUAAUUGUUGUGAUACGUUUUGCUGUUUUGAAACACUAAUAUUUGUGUUCAUCGAAGUCUCAUGAGUAUAACAGUAGCCCCCCAUGUACAGGUUUUAUAGUGUUUUCAAAAGUUACAGCGUCAAAUAUACGGCUUGCAUUUCCAUUUUUUCACAUUGAAAUUUGCCAGAUUGAUUAUGUUGCCUUGGAGACCGUAUGGUAGCCCAGGAAUGAGAAUUACCCCCAUGAUGGCAUACCAUUUGCAAAAGUAGAAAACGCAAGGUAUUGCAAAUGGGGUAUGUCCAGUUUUUUUUAGUAGCCACUUAGUCACAAACACUGGACAAAAUUAGCGUUCAAAUAAUUUUUUUGCCUUUUUCACACACAAACAAAUAAGAACUGGUUGAAUAGACAUAUAGUGCCAAUUCCAGGUUUUGUUUUGAUCAGAACUUGCAGAACUGCCUCAGUCCAUAAUGGGUUAAACCGCAGUUAUUUUACAUUGCAGGGUUAAAAUUAAAGGGGCCACUACAUCCAGAUCAUUUCAUUGAGAUAAAGUGGUCUGUGGAUGCUUACUGCUCCUUUUGAUUAAAACAAUAUAUGCAAUGAAAACUUGUAUGCAUUUUAGGGCUCUGACUAAUACAUUAAGUGAUAUUCAUAAUGUUGAAUACGGCACUAUGUAAGAAAUCUAAACAAUUUUUUGUUUUGGUUUUGUUUAUUCUUUUAUUGUCCAGUUCAGUGUUCUGCUGUUUUUGUUGGAAUAGACGUUUGCGAUAUGCGUUGUUGUUUUUAUAUAUAUAAAAUUUAUUUUUUUAAAUGUCACUUCAACUGUUUUUUUGUGUGUUUAUAAAUUUUAUCCUGCUGAACUCUCAAUCAGUGCUUGAUUUAUUUUUAACAAGAUGUGAACGUAAUUCACAUAUUUAUUAAAGAUGGAAAUCUUUGUUCUAAAAAAAGAAUGUUAUACACCUCUCCUACUUCUCUAACUGGCCAAGAACCUUGUGUGUGUUUGGCAAAAAGCGCAGCAGUAGUGUUGGUGCCUGCCAAAGGUUUUCUCACGUAGAUACGUGCUUUGGUGUUCUACUUUGAACUGCACAGCUUUCUGAAAAUAGCUGAACGAUAAAUCCAAGUGGGGGAUGAAUAAUUCUCUCCGAGAAUGCAUAAGGAUUGAUUAAAACGUUUCAACCACUUCCUAGUCUGGUUGCAACUUUGUGUAGAAGAUUGUGGGUCUUUAAAAAAGAUUUUUUUAUGAAUUGCUUAUGAAUUUGUUCCUCUCUACCUCAUAUAAAACAUUACAAUCUGGAAAACCUUUUUGAAAGUCUGGUCGUCAGAUGUUUUUUGGGGAAUUUUGAGUUUUCUAUUACAUCAUGGAUUUCUGUGUGCAAUUAGAUAAUAAUGCACCCUAGGGAUUUAUGUUUUGAUUAUUCUCUAUUAAAUACAUGUUGCUUUCAGCAGCUCGGUUAGGGCUUCUCUUUCCCGUUUACCAGUGUGCUGGCAUGGGUUUGUAAUGUGGAAAAAGUAAAAUAAGCCCUGCUGGGAACACAAAUCUGUGUGCAAGUCUAUCCAAGGCAGGGCACCAAGUGUGAUGUGUUUUUUUUGUUUGUUUUUUUAUAAAAACCUGAUUUAUUAUUGGUAUUUAUAUAGCGCCAACUAAUUCCACAGUGCUUUACAAUAUUAUGAAAGGGGGAGAAAUUUACAAUAUAUGAGACAAUUACACAGUGACACAGGAACAAUAGAUAGAUGAGGCUACAGAUUGUAGCUGGGCAGUACAGCUUUUGGGGAGACCAACUAAGAGAGAAUUACAGUAAUCCACGCUGAGAGCAUGAACAACUCCUUGGCAGCAUCUUGCAUGAGAAAGGGGCGAAUGCGGGCGAUAUUUUUAAGGUGGAAUCGACCAGUUUUAGCAACAUGCUGGAUAAGAUAGCACCAAGACAAAGAGCUUGCAAGGAUGGACUGAUGCAAGCACCAUCAACUUGCAGGGAGAGCGAAAGAGGAGGAUCAGCAUUAUGAGGGGGAAAAACAAGAAGCUCAGUUUUAGAGAGAUUGAGUUUCAGAAAGCGAGAGGAAAUCCAAUCAGAAAUAGAAGAAAGACAAGCAGUGACACGUUUGCAGGACCACAGGGACGAGAUCAGGGGAGGAGAGAUAUAUAUCUGGGUGUCGUUGGUAUACAGAUGGUAGCGGAAUACAAAGGAGGUAAUGCGUUUGCCAAGAGAGGCAGUAUAAAGAGAACAGAAGGGGACCAAGAACAGAUCCUUGGGGGACUCCAACCGAGACAGCGCGAGAGGAGGAGGUGUCAUUGCAAAAGGAGACACUGAACGAAUGUUGGGAGAGAUAGGAGGAGAACCACGAGAGGACAGUGUCACAGAGGCCGAGGAAUUGAAGAGUUUGGAGGAGGAGGACAUGAUCAACAGUGUCAAAGGCAGCAGAGAGGUCAAAAAGAAUUAGUAUGGAGUAGUGGCCUUUGGAUUUAGCUGUGAUUAGGUAAUACGAGUAAAGACAAGUCUUUUUAGAAGUUUUGAGUAAAAAAGAAGCAAGGAUAUGGGACAAUAGUUGGAAGGGGAAGACUGGUCUAGGGAUGGCUUUUUUAGGAUGGGUACGACAGUAGCAUGCUUAAGGGGAGCAGGGACAGCACCAGAUGAAAGAGAGCAGUUUAGAAUGUGUGUUAAGGAUUAAUAGCUACAAGAAAGCCACUUUGAGUUAACAUACAGAGAAUGAUAAAUGUGAUCCAUGACGGCAAGAUAACCUUGAAAAUUUGCUUGGGAUAAUUCAAGAGGAACUCAACAGGAACAAUCAGAUUACAAGUAUUUAUACAGAUUGGAAUUGCAGAAAUGAACCCUGGAGUGGGUGCACUGUUUAAAUUUUAUUUUACCUUUACCCCUCAAUCGGUGUGAUCCACUUAAAAGGACAACUGUUACCUGAUUAUUAUUCUAAGAGUUCUUGCAGCAUGUAAUGAAAAGAUAUAGCAUUUAAACAAACAAAAAAAAAAGGUAUAUGUAAAAUUAUCUGAAAAUCUGACCCCUACUUUUACAGAACUCUAGAUUCCUCCUUAGUACUCCUUUGGUCGGACUGAGGUUAAAUCCGACUGUUAGACUGCUGCUUAACUCCCUGCACAGAGCAGUGAUGUCAUCAGCCAUUGUCCGGAGUGCUCUGCCUGGUCCAAAUUCCAACCACACUGACAAUUCUCCUAUUCACUAAAGUCAAAUACGCUCAGAAUUCGGUCGGUCUGACACUCUGUAAAAUUGGUUCAGAUGAGGAAAUCACUGUUUUUCUGAACUCAUUUGAAUAUACAGCAGCAGAAACGCAAAUGAUCAUUUACCUGCUAAAUACCAUAUCUUUUUCAUUACUGCUGCUAUAAAAAAAAAAAAAAAUUAUGGUGGCAGUUGUGUUUAACUACAUUUGGUGUCACUGCUGUGCAGCAUGAUUGUUUACUUAUCAAAUGCCAGCAAAUACCAGAGAGUCUGCCCAAUGCAAUGGGGUUAAAAAUAACCUGCUACACAUUAUAUAAAGUUAAAGGUCUUGCUUGUUUUAAAUGCCAAACUUAAAGUAAAUGUGUCCAAGACCUAAUUAAAAGAAAGAACCUUGACCGUUAUAAUAUUCUUUUAAUUGUUUACUAAAUUUUGAUUUAAAGAGAAUUGUUGACUAAAUAUCCUGAUUUUAAUACGGCCACGUAUUGCCAAGUACCCAGGUGAAUUAGUCAGUUUAUUUAAUUAAUAAACUUUUUCAGGAACGCAGAUUUCUGUUCUAGCACAUUCAUAUUCAUCCUUUUUAAGGUUGUAAAACUUUGUGCUAUUAAGUUACAAUUCAAAUGAAAAUCCUGUUGCUGCCUUAGUUGUAUAAAACAAGCAGGUAUAUACUGUCAAGUGAUCGCUGAUAAAGAUGCACGUUCUUCCCAACCAAUCCAUUUUGGAUGCUGGAAAUGUGCGUUGGUAAAGUGAAGUCUGCGCAGAUCUUCUAUUGCCAUGGAAUUAGAGGGGAUAACAGUUCAGAAUUGUGUCCAAUUUCAUAAUAAACCUAUAUCUUACUGCAUGUAGGAAUGGGUUACUAGCACUGACCUAAUAAACACUUCUAAUUAGUAUUAUACAUGUGCAGGCUAAUUAAUGAAUUAAAGAUUGUUAUAAUGUAGUAUGAAGACAUCCACCAAUAAACCUCAAACCCUAGUAAGAUUGAUGUUGCAAGUUUUUAAAUUUCACCAUGUGUUUGAACCAUUUUCUCCUUCCUUAAGAAGAAGUGUGUGCAAUUCCAUUUGUUGCCACCUGGUGGUGAUGUCUACACAUUUAAAUUUUAACUUGUUCUGUGGGUGGGGAUGUUGGUGUAGGUCGGGAUUCACACAUAGGUGUAUAAAAACAAUGACACUAAAUAUAUCUUGCUUCUCAGGAAGGAGCAACCAGGGUAGAGGAGUGCAUCAGGCAUUUUGUUUAUAUAUUUGUGUAUGAUGUGUGUUUAUCAUAAUUGUUAACUGUGCUAAGCUCCAUGCACACUCUACAUAUCUGAUAGAGAAGGUGGAGUAUGCAAGCAGCGUUGUGAAUUUUAUGAUUUCAAUUUCCUUUAAAUGUUCAGUUUGUUUACGAUAACAUGAAAACCAGAUAAGCGCUAAUCUCUCUAAUCAAUUGCUGGUUGCGUCUACCUUGCUUGGCUUAUACAGACAAUUGCUUUCUUCUUACUGGUAGAUGUGUCAAUUCAACAAAAUAAGAUAUCCUGAUUUCAGUCUCUGAGGGACAAUGGUUUUAGAAUGUAUCUCUAUUCUAACUUAUAUAGGUUCAUUACAAUCUUUGUCGUUUUUUUUGUAUCUUUAUUUUGAUGUAACCCGUGAACUAGAUGUUGUGAAAUGUUAUUCUGUAGGACAUGCAAAACAAAAUGCAAUCAAGGCAGCUCGUUUUGUUCAAUUUUUUUUGUUUCAUAUUAUGCUGAGAAUCAAAGUUUUAAUUUGUAAAAUGUGAUUAUGAUGCCUGUUGUGAUUUAGAGUCAAAGCAGAUUAAUCUUUUUUAAAACCUCUUUAUCUUGCCUCUUUAUUUUUGCCUAAAAUGCACUUUUUACUAUGAACAUUAUUUGAUGCUUUUUACUCCAACCCCCCUUUCCCCUUAUCAUUCUAAAAGCUUUUUUAGAGUUGGAUUCUUGCCAAAUAAUUUUUGGCAGCCAAUAUCUCUGAAGACAGACUAUAUGACCUCUUCUUCCCUACGAAACUGAAAAAAUAAGACUGGAUAUUUCUUUUAGCCAAAGAAUGUUUAGACAAAGGCUCCUUUAGAAUUCUCCACCUUCCCUUUUGGCCCAAUUUCGAGGCCAACCCCUAGUCCUCUAUUACAUUGCAGCAUACAUUCUCCACUCCCUCGCUGUAUGUUUUAACACAUUAUCACUAUGUUGUUAACAUACAUUUAUUGUGUGUUCAAAAUGAACUCAUCGUACAUUUGAUACCCAUGUCUAGCCUGAACAGUGAGGGGGUGAGGCUGUUGAUUUGAAGCUAGCGGGUUUCAGCAGUUGGAUGUUGGAAGCUGUCUUGUUUACUGUUGGAAUUGUACUGUAACUAGACCUCUUGCCCCUCCUCUUGAUGUACUUAACUGUGCGUUGGACUUGGUGGGGGUUCAGGGCAACCAAGCUGGCAGAGCCUUACUAGGGCUGAAGUAACUUGACCUGAGGCUAUAUUGAGGCUGCCAGCAUAAGCAAUUUUCACCAGAGGCUUUGCACAUACAGGAGCUGCUAACAUCUACUCUGUGUCCACUCAGGUAUUUGGGGUUUUCAUAAAAACGAAAGGGUCCAAAUUUCCCCUAUUAAUUGACAUUAAGCUGAAAGACUUCUUAAUUGAGAGGCCUCUGUAGAUCUAAACACUCCUUGUAAUGCUAUUGGGAUGUAUUGUGUGGCUUUCAGGGCAUAUUGAGCCAUAUGUCUUUAGCAUCAAUGAUCAGACUUUUUUCGGAAAAAAAAUUCAUAGAACAUCUGGUAUCUUGGGCUUGUUUUGGUGUAUGAGAUUGUUGGUAGAAUAUGCAAUGUAUUAACAUUUCAUCAAGCAUGUGUAUUUCACAGGUUGUUGGUAUUUUGCCUUUUUUAAAAUUUUUUACUUGGGGGGAGAUUUUUUUUUAAAGUGUUGCUAUUGGAAAACUGGGGAAACAUUCUAAAAUUUGAGAAACCUUGGAAACCAAGUGAAUCUGUAGGAACAUUCCACUUGUUUCCAUGGUGAUUGCGCCUCUUAGAUGUUGCCCUUGCUUUUCUCGUAAUGCCACGUUCAGAUCUCCCCCAACGUGAUUGGCAUGAAUGAUGGAUUUUUACAUGAGUGAUUUUGGAAAUGUGUCUGAUUGGGUUUUGCUGUUGUUAUUUAACAGUGUCCCGAGAAUGUAAACUGUGAUUCAUUCAGUUGAGAUACAGUGAAAAAAGAUAAUCUGUCUUGAUUUGUUUUUCCAAAUUACUUAUGGGGGAGGUUGGGCUAAUCUCUAAAAAAAAAUUCUAUCCUGUGACUGUACAUUAUGUCUGCUUAAUGCUAUCUUUUCUCUUUCACCCCUUUCCUCUGUCCCUUGUCUUUUUCUCGCAGGUGGAAAACAUAGAAAAGUCAGUAAGCAUUAUUUGUCUUUGUGUCUUUUAAGUAUUAAUGGCAUUGUUUAUUUAUAAACUUAGGCUUUUUAUCCAAUAUCCACUGUCUACCACACCAUUUGUGAUACCAGAUAAAUGCAUUGUGGCUGAUGUCUGAGUAUAUAACCAGAGUCUUGCAUGUUAGUGUAAUUCCUUUGUGAUCUAGAGCACAGAUAAUGGCUCCUCUAUGUAUUAAAUAUGUUCCGCUCUCGCAGGGUUCACGUGUACCCAAAAGAGCAGAAGUCAUCAGGGGCCCUAAACGGACUAACCCAAUCAUCUCUCAACGCUUUUUUGUUGGACGAUAAGUAAGUCAGUUUUAAUCUUGUUUUUUUGGGGGGGUAACUUAGACUGCAAUCUACAUUAGUAACCCGGACCCUUCCACCCAUCCCCACCUUGCCGUAUACUAGACACUCUCUUAGGAUGGAUAGUCAACCAGCCAUUCUUCCCAAUGACUCCAGCAAAAAGAGGCUGGUAGAGGACACUGAGGACUGGCAGCCUCGGACAGGCACCACGCAGUCCCGUUCUUUCCGCAUCUUGGCACAGCUCACUGGCACGGACUUCAGUAAGUUGGCCUGCAUGUGUGUUCUGAAAUGACCAUAGCUGUGCCAUCUAGCAUGUCUAGAUUGUAAAUUUCAUAUUACUCUGCAGUCAAAGCAUGACAAAAAUUGUAUAAAAUACAAAAUAUAUAUAAUAAAACCAAAUCAUUACUUUAUCAACUGGUUAUAUUUUUUAAAUUCUAGAUAAGAUUUGGUUAACCUGCAUCAUCAUAGUGGCUUCUCUUCUAUAGAAUCACUCAUUCAAAUUGGACUUUCUGCAACAAAAUUGCACCAAAUAUCGAAGUUCUAGAUAUCCAACCCUGAUGGUAGUUGACUCCAGGAAUGUUUUUCUACAUCAAUAGAGAUCCUUAAAUCUAGAUUCCUUUCGUUUUGUUGUAUUGUUAUGUCUUCAGCACUUCUGACAAACGCACUGCAGCAGUGGCAUUUGUCUAGAACCUCUUGAAUAUUAUCACCCAUUAAAAGUGACACAAGCUUUCUAAAAGCUAGAGUUGGCAUCUCAUUGAUGUCUCAUCCUUGGCAAGAAGGGAUCGAUGCCUCCCCCACAUGCAGCAGUGCCCAUUGAUUCUGCAGAGUUGUGAUAAGCACAACCCUUGUGAUGCAGGUGUUUGUUUUACCUACCUGUCACAUUUAUUUUGGUCUAAUAGAAUGAUGUGUGUGACAAUAGACAAAAUAAUUACGGAGAACUACUUAGACAAUGUCCUAUGCCUGUUAGAACUGACAGCUUCUGGCAGAGGCAUUGAACCUGUAUUUCAUUGUUCAUUUUGUUUGUAAUAAACAGAGCUGAUCUUCCAUGUCUUACUUUAAAUAGAUAUGGCAAAUCUUUUUCUGUCCCGACCAUAGUAAGGACUGAUGUAUAUUUAAUUCAAACUUCUAUAUUUAAUAAUACCGUAUGUAUUAGUUUCCGAUAUAAAUUCUCUUUCCUAGCCUCCAAGAACAGCACCCCUGGCCUCGUAAUUUUAGUCGCAAGAAGCAGGGUGCAGAUGUAUUUGGUAAAUACGGAGAGGCAUUGUAAUCAAAUUCUCUCUUGCACUUAUGUCUUGAUUUGUUGCAGCUCAUUGUAGGUUCAAAAAGCUCCAAAAACCAUAACUACUUAUGCAUUUUGCUUAAAUUAUAGCCCGAGGAAGUUCUCCGUCCUUGUCUAAUUUAAAAAUUGUGUUCAUAACUGUAGGGGUUUGCAAACAUUGAUGUAGCAAGAAGCCCACCCAUAAUCAUUUGCUUGCUGCAGCAGAGCUGAAGUGAAUAUCUCAAAAAAUACACUGAUGGAUCUUGUAAGCACUCUCAUUGAGAACUUUUCAGCCACUUCCUGGUCUGGAGAUAGCUUGUUGCAGAAGUGGCAAAUCCUGCAUUUUUUAUGCUGGUCUCCACGUUUUAUUUUAUUUUAUUUUUUUCAUUUUUUUAUUUACAUUUGCAUAUUUUAGUCAACUAAAAAUGGCCAUCAAUCCCAACUUGUACUUUUCAUUAUUUGAAGGCUAUAUCAGCAGGAGUCUGUAGGAGUAACUUAUGUUACAGACAGGUUAUUAGAGGCCCCUGGUCCUCGUGUAUGAGUUUUGUGUGACAGUAGAUGUCUCAAAACCACCUGACCAUUCUAAUGCCACUGAUUAUAAAAAUUAAGAAUCAUUCACCCCCCAAAACUCUUGGUUCUAAUUGUCUCCCUCACAAAAACCAUGUGUCCAAAAGUUUCCACAGACUCCACUUCAUUUGACUUUACUUUGGAGUCUGUGGUAUAAACCCAAUGCACUGGUUCCCUGCUUAUAGAGGAGACCAAACCCUGCUAAAUAUAGUCCUCUAGUUUCUAAUUUGUUCUCUACCACUGAGAGCAGAACAUCCUUCAUUCCUAACGCCUCUUAUAUUGAACCAGUUCAUCUGUCUCCACUUUGUUGUUUAUCUAGCUUGCGGCAGGCGUGCCCCCCACCUAAUGCAGUGCAAUCCUUAAAAUCCUUAAAUGAUGGACCACUCAAUGCCAUUUUCAAUGGCAGGCCCCAUGCCUUGUCCCAUCUUCUUACUCCUAGCAUUCACCUUCUCUUCAGAUCUUUCUGUCUUGUUUUCUUGUUUAUACUAGUAAUCUGCUCUCAUGUUCGUUCUUUCCUUUCUCUCCACCUUUCUCAUGAUUCUUGCUACUCACAGUGCAAGACCCAGAUGAUGAGAACAUGAAGCGGGUGAGGUAAGGAACUGUCACUUACAAGGUGUAUUGUUGGGAACACGUCUGUAAAAUAUACAACCACAAUUCACUAUUAACCACCUAUAAGACUUUUAGGAGUCAUCUCAAAUUACUACAUUCUAGACCAGAGGUAUAUUAAAAGUGUUUUUGAAGGUUUUGUUUUCUUCCAGGAUUUAAUGUUUUUCAUUCAACCAAUUUAUGUUUAGAUGAUACUACAUCUGGUUUACUUUCACAUUCAUGACUCUUGAGCACAGACUAAGUUGCCUAAACAAUUCUAAUUAGAUACCCCUGGUUGAAUUUGAGGGUACCCUAAAAAAAAAAAAAUAUAUAUAUAUAUAUUUAUUUAUUGCUGUAGACAACAAAAAAAACUCACUAAAAUAUAUAACAUAGCAAAGUGUACCUGAUUUCUAGGAGAAGCGUGCAGACAUUGGAUUUGGCUGGCUUGUCGGACCUACUCCAUCAUGAAGAAAGAUCACCUCGGUAAUGAUAUAUAACGUCUAGUCAAAAGCUGACACCGCUGAAAUGUUUUGUUCCUCACAGGCACUUCUUCAGAGACUUUCUUCAUGAUGGUGGAGUUCCGACAAUCCAUUCAAGCCCAGUGUCCUAAAAAUUUAGAUACGAUUUUUGGGGCAUGUUACUACUUUUCUUAUUGGGCAACAACUUUAACUUCUUAACGUCUGCCACUAUCACUGCUUGUGAAACCCAAAAAUAAUUAACACAGGACAGCAUCCCAUUUAACACUAAACAGAACUGCUUGUUAUUACAUGUGAAAUAUAAGUCACACAUGUGAAGGCAACUAGGAAAAACGUGGACUAGUUUAGCUAAACCAUAUUCAUUACAAACCAAGAGUUUAAAAAAAAAUAUGGAACACGAGUCCCAGAGCAUAGGGCCUAUAAAUAACCCCUGUCAGGCGCAUAUGCUAAUGGGAGCAGAGACAGGUUUUAACCUCACUUAGAAUGCCUGCUAUCCCGAAAAGAAUUGAGUUAUUAAAACGGUGCGCUGUGUUUUUACUUUACUUACCAGUAAACGGAGCAGCUGCAACUAAUGUAAGCUGCAGUGAAUGAUGGAAUUCAUAUAUUAGUUGCCUUGAGCCAGCAGCUAACCGUCAUACAGCACUGCCGAGCACCAUUCCCCUGUGUCUGAAUGACUGGCAUAUCAUUUAAAUACACUGGCCUAGAUUUACAGCGCUGAAAGACAAUAUUCCGUCCAAAUUGAAUAAAUGUUUAAAAAGAAAAUACAUCAGACCUGCUUUGGAAUAAAACUGUCUAAAUAUAUCCAUAUGACAUGAUUUAGGGGUUUACGUGGUAUGCAGUGCACACUGGUGAAUGGACAAAAACAUUUUAAUUGUAAAAUGUCGUUAAAAAUAGAAAUAUUGGGGAAAAUGCUAGUUUAUUCUAAGUUUUGCGAUAUGCUUGGCCAGUGAAAUAUUAUUUAUUGAACAUAGAAUUUAAAGAGAACUUAUCAUAAAAAUAAAUGGCAGACAAAAAUCUUUUUUACCGUGGUAAUCAGAUUAUUCCAUAUCUGAAAAAUAUGUAGUUUUGGCUCUCUUUAACAACCCCCACCCUGUCUCUGCGUACAGGCUACUUAUUCAGUGAAUUUACAAUGCUUUCAGGGUAGGGUUGGAUUGACAUCUCAGGUGCCUUUAGGCGCAGAAUUUUCAUACCCUCCUCUCCAUCCAAAAAAAACAAACCUAAAAAUAUUGCUAUGUUACUUGUAUCAUGAUUUGAAGGAUACACAAAAUAGUCAGGAGGUACAUCUCUCCCAUCCCUGCAAAUAUAAGAAGAAUCCAAUUAUAGUGUAAAAUAAAAAAGGACAUAAUAUAUCUCAAAUUAAUAAAUACAGAUUUAUACUCUGGGUAGGUGUCCUUUGUAGAUGGAUACCUGUCGGUAGCUGUCUACUGGCAAAUCCACUAAGCCAGGAAUUCUUUACCAACAUAGCAAAGUUUGUCAAAUAGCCGAGUUGGUUAUUCCCAUACCAGCUCUUUAAACAAACAACUGAAUUAUAUUGAAAACUUUUUUUUUUCUUUUAAUAGAGUUUAAUUGCUUGCUUAGUAAUAUGGGACAUGCAUUUAGGAACAAAGAGGUUUGUUUUCACAUUGAUUUUUCUUUUGAGAUCUCUGUAUCAAUAGACUAUUUGUUGUGGUGCAAAACAGGAGCAGUCUAGGCACUAUAACCACAAAAUGCUGAUGUAGUGGUUAUCAUGCUAUUCGGUCACAGAUGUUUCAUGAUCCUUGGUUAAACUAUUCUGAUCUGACCAAAACCAGGACCCCUUAGGCAACUACAGCUAGCAACCACUUGCCGAUAAUGCUAAUGAGGUUUCACUAUCCAUCCGCAACAUUAAUUCCAUCAUCUGACCUGCUCAGCCAAUGAAUGGCUUUAAAAUAUGGAUAACUUUUAAGUGGAACUUUCACAUUGGCAAUUCCGGUAAGCAGUGGCUGAGCAACAAAUGUCUUGGAUACACCUGAUUUUGGUAUAACGUAUCAAAAAGUGUUUGACCAAGUACUGGUGGAUUGAGCCCGCAGUCUAAUGGCUCAAUAACCACUUAAUCAGUGUGGAUUUGGUGCCUAGACUGCUUAUUUUAAAGGAACACUCAAUAACAUAACCACCACAGCAUAUUCUAGUAUUUACAAUGCAAUAAGUCUUUUGGUGCAGUCACUCAGUUUAUUUUUUUUGAUUUUUUUACUUCCUCAUUAUCCGUGCAGAUUUAAACAGCAAUGAAGUAUUAUAGAGAAUCUCAGUACAGCAUUCAUAGAUGUUCAAUAUGUGGUAUGAUAAUGCAGUGUGUGCCCACUCCGUUUAAACAUUUGUAGGAUUAAUGAGGAUGUGAAGUGUGUCAUGCAUGAGAGUGGGCUGUUUUUUGUCAAACCACCUGAGAACCGUUUUCUUAAAAAAAACAAGGGAAUGUACCCAAAGACUUGUUUCAUAACCACUACAAAAAAACAGCUAACCUUUUCAGCAUAUACUAUCUAUGCAUGUUUAAAGUUCUCCUGUUUCGUUUUCAACUAAAUUCUUCCUGUUCUUUUCUUUUUAUUUUCCUUUCCUUUUGCCUGUCCUAUCUUCCAUUGACCACCUCCUCCAAAACCACAGGGAAAAGUUCAUCACAGAGCUCCAGAGCCCCCGAUACACCCGCCUGCGUGACUGGCACCACGAGAGAUCAGCCUGCUCCCUCAAUGUGAAACCCUGAGCACCAGAAACAGGAGCAGGAGGAAGGGGGGUUGGCCAAGUUGGGUGGAAGUACAUUAGGGAAACAUCACAGGAGUUAAUGUGAUCAUGUAUUAUACUUGUUGAUUUUCCAGUGUGUUCCAUUUGAUCAGAUCAUACUCUAACCCUUUCCUUAAAUUUCUGUUUUCCUCUCAAUGUCUACUAGCUUAGUCUAAUAAAUGUUUAAGUGCCAGAGACACGAGCAGCACUUUGCUCUAAGUGUCCUUCGCACCUAGACCCAUCACCCCACAUACCGUGCUGAAGAUCUUUUAUUUAUUCCACAUUCUCAGUGUUAAAGACCUAUUUAACAUGGGCUAUGUGCAUUGGUUAUACCAGACCGCAUGUCUAAAUCUCCUCUGCAGUGAAGCCUUUGUAGAAGAAACUCCCACAUAUCCCGUUAAGGGGGAGACUAACGCAAUGCUGCUGUAUAUAAUAUAAUUAAUUUGGGACGCACAAACACAGAGGUUUGGGAGAGCAUCAUUUUAUUCUUUUUUUUUUUUUUUUCAGUGGGUUGAAGGCGUCUAUUCGGUACCAUGAAAUAGCCCAGUGUAAUAUAAAAUGUAACUGACAUCUCCCAUAUGGCAAAUACACCUUGAUUGCUUUGUACCAUGUAAAUUAUCUUCUGCUCUUUGCUUUUCUCUUCUUGUUCCAAUUGACUGUGAGAUGUAACCUAACUGGCGUUAGAUCAGCUUUAAAACCACUGCCCCCUCCUAAUCCAAUUGUAAAAAAACUGCUACUGUCUAGUCCCCCCCUCCUUUUUGUGGGUUAACAUGGGGAGCACAUUGUAUAUGUUUCACAAAAGCAUGGUCCGUGUUAGGCAAAGACAACAGAUGUUUUUAGAAUGCAUGGGGUCAGGGCUCUGCUUUUAGCUGAAAGCGUAAAACCUAUUCACAAUAAACGUAUUUCACGUAUGUGUAUCAGUGGAAUUAUUCAUGUUAUUUUUUAUAACAAAGUAUUUGAAACCAUUUUCAGUCUAGCAUGUGUCCACAAUCUAUUUUGAGCAUUUGACAUUUCUUGUCCUCUUGGCAGUCUCACCCAUGCCGACUCUGUGCAAACAUGAAAUAUUCUAUUUAUUAAGCAUCAAAAUCAUUAUGUAAUCAUGCUGCAACUGAAUAAAUUGGACUUGCCAGCAUAGGAUCUUUAAGAACUAUAUUGUUAUGUUGCUACAGAUUGGUCUUUUAAUACUGCUCACCUUACUUUUUUAAGAAAAAUACACCUACAAUUAUGCCUUUUCACAAUGUAGAUGAUGGGUGACCUGGCAUGGCUGCUUAUGUAGAACAGUACUAAGAAAACUUGGGUUAUUCACAAAAUGUUGGGAAUCCACCUUGAAUUUCACAUUUUUGCCGAGCUGAGAACAUAGCAUACUUCGAGAAUGUUUUCAAUUUGGCUAUUUUCACUAUAAAUUUGGAAUUCACUUUCACUUUAGUUAAAACCAUGACCGUAUUUGCAACAAAGGUUUUUCAAUUAAAGUAGUUUAUUAUAGACGAGUUUGUAUCCAGACCACUGGAACUCCUUAGGAGGGGCUAGAGAUGAUCUUGAAUAUUAAUGAUCUUUUUUGGCAUCGCUACAGGUACGUCAUGGUCAAACUUGGGUUAAACUUGUGUGCACUGGUAAUCAUAGACGCGCAACUAGAUGACCAUGAAGUACGAUGACCACUUACAUGGUUUGCAAACUCUGGGGCAUGCACACAAUCUACUCUGACUUGGUAAUUUUCCCCCAAAAAGCCAGUUGGAGACACAUUUUGGAAUCUACUAGAUUUAGAGAGGCUGGAUGCCUAAAAGUGUAGCUAACACGGACUGUUCCAGUUUUUCUAGAGUUUUUCAUAGAUCAUUUUUGAUCUUUAAACUUUGGGAUUAUUGAGAGUGCAGAUCCAUCGAACUAGUUCUGUGUUUUGCGCUUGAUUGUAUCACCAUGGCAACAAAGACUAGGGAUGCAUACCGUAUCCUUCUGGUACAGGAAAAGAAGAUACAAGAUAUGGGCCAAACUUGGACAGACGGGAUUGGGGAAAUAUAUAUAUUAAAAUAAUAAAUCCUAAUGCUUUUUUGAGGAAAUAUUAUAUACAAUUUUAACAUUUUUAUAUAAACAAAUAUUUAUCCUUUAAGAAAUGUAUUUCUUUACAAACACAUUUUUAUGCAGUGAUGUCAUAAGCGAUGUGUUUACCAAAAUAUUAUACCUACCCAGUUCUGCAAAUGCCCCCUCCUACAGUAGUUACAUUGAUCAAGGUAAAAAUAGAGUGAUUGUGGGAUACAAACUCCUAAAUUUACAGUAGUCCUAGAAACCGUAUGUAUCUGUCUGUGUGAAUUGCUCAAAAUGUAUCCCUUUAUUGCAGUUUUACUAUGGUUUUUUUUUUUUUUUUUAUACAUCUUCUAUAUGAAAUAAUAAUUGUACUUACUCCAGAGUUACAGUUGUCAUUUAUUUCCAUUUUACACAUGGCAUCUCCAACGGAAUAGUCUGAGAGGAAAAUACAUAAAUAAACAAAGGAAGUAUGCCUUCUCUGAAAAAUUAUCUGUUAAAUAAUAUAUAUAUAUAUAUAUUUUUUUUUUUUUAAUUACCUAUUUUCCCAUGUGCUGCUCCUUUUUCAAUUAAAAUGUUAAAGAUUUAACAAGUGACAUCACAAUCCUUUUCAGUCGGGGAAAACUGCAAAGGCAAGCAUGGUUUGAGUUUCGUCUCUAACACAGUAUUCACUGGCAGAAUAGAGCAACAUAGCAAUGAUUGACAGGGAGACAAAAUGGAGGCACUCAGUUCCAGGAUAGAUGUGUGGAUUUCUACGAUUAAUAAUUUUUUUUUCUAAAAUCUCGCUGAUUCUUAUUUGCUAAAUAUAGGAGACAUUAACUUAAAAUCAAAGGAAGUCUCCGUUCCCUUUUACCAUCACUCUUUGUAAGACACAAUACACUGGAAAGAGCGGUAACACGUCCUACUUGCCCUUCCUACAGGGUGUUGGGUAAGGAAUCAAUAAGUGUCGGUGCCAGUGGGUCUAUGAGCACAUACAUCAAACUCCGAUUGCUAUUGGUAUGUCAGUUAUACUAACUCUUAAUUUAACUGUUCGAGUGUCAGAGGUAACACACCCCUUUGGCAACCACUGUUUAAGAAUGAUUAAUGGAAGGAAUGUAAACUUGACCUAGUUUGAAGAGCUAAUGUUGCUUUGGCCUAGUUUCCCCUAAAGCAGACAUUAAAAGAACCAUUGUCAUCAAGACUCUGCUAUAACACCACGUUACCCAAUAGCAAAUUCGCAAUGAUCUUGUAUAAUAGUUAAAAUGAUAAAACUUUUCUUUUUGGUAUUAUAUGGGUUUGUAUUGUAAUGUCCUUCAUGAUAGAUUUUAGACUCUUUAAAGGGGAACAGUCACUACCCAGGGUUUUAAAUAUUUGGUUUACUUGUCCCCAUGUAUUAAGCAAAUUGGUGUUUUUUAAAAACAAAAUUAAAUGAGAAAUCCUCACUGCUGCAUUUAGCUCUAUCCUCUAACAGGGAGCGUCCAUCUAAUUUCCCUUUUAAUCAUUAGGAUUCGUUACUAAAUUCUGAAUUGUAGAGAAUGGAAAUCCAAAUGGCAACAUUCAAGGUGAAGACUUUUAUUCAAAUGAGCUAGUUUACCUACAUUUUGCAGUUCUGAUUUUAAUUUGGUACAAUUUGGAAUUUUAGUGAAUAAAUAAAUGCUUCCACAGGGCUGGGUCCACAUGCGGGACAAAAAUACCAGUACUUGAUUCUUCGGUUAAAAGAUUUCCUUUAUUAAGCACAAAGUAUUACAUUGAAGCUCAGUGUCCAGAGGGCGGCACAAAGGCGGGAGGUGCUAACGCGUUUCCUGCCUUACAAGGCUCUUGCUCAGAGACAAAAUUGUGUCCCGUUUGUUUGGAAUUUAAGUGAAUAAGCCUGUGUUUAUUUUCUUCUUCUCAUAUUGUGUGCUCUGCGUUUGCCUGAAGCAAACAGUAGAGUAAUGUCCCUUGAAAGAAAAUGGAGCAGCACAUAAGAAAAGGUUAUAGGUGAUUUUGAAUGUUUUAUUCAAUCGUGUUAUUUCUACCUCCCCUUUAAGCAGUGCAGACUUAGAGAAAGUGCUAUCUAUUUACAUCCUCUGAAGGUAUCUAUGCAACAACCAGAUACAUUUUAUCUCAGAAUAACAGCCCUGGUGAAUGUUUUGUGGCAUGACCUUGCUGGCUGAACGAUGAUUGCGCCGGGUAUCCUUACAGGGAUACUAGAGUCACCCAGACCACUUCAGCUAAAUGAAGUGGUCUGCGUGCCAGGUCCCUCAGGUUUUAAUCCUUCACAUGUAAACAUAGCAGAUUCAGAGAAACUGCUAUGUUUACAUAGUGGGGUUAAUCCAACCUCUAGUGGCUGUCUUCCUGACAGCCGCAAGAGGCGCUUCUGCGACGCUGGAUGCAAAAUUCGCAUCCAGCGUGCAGAACGUCCAUAGGAAAGAAUGAGAAAGGAGGAGAGGUCACCAGAGCCGAGGGAGCCCGACCCUGGAUAAAGGUAAGCUGCUUGAAGGGGCACCACGGGAGGGGGACUCUGAGGAUGAGGGUCCCCCAAGGAUGACAUAGUGUCAGGAAAAUGGGUUUGUUUUCCAAACACUAUAGUGAUCCUUUAAGCACUUCAAUGUUGGACUACAUUUCCAGUGUAGCUCAGGUAGCAACACUGAGCUAGUACAAGGAGAAUGUUGGAUUUGACUAGUGAUUAUGGUACUAGGACUACCUUAAGGGGUGGUAUUAUAUUUUUACUUUAUACCCAACACAAAUGUCUUUUGCACCUGAAUCGAAACUCACACAACAUAUGUUCAGUGAAACUCAAAACAACUAAAGAAUACAUAAGGAUACACUUGAGUGACCCUGCAAGUUAAUAAUUCCUUCUGAUUCCUGCCCACAAAUAUAGAUGGUACAAAAACUUGGAUGAGAGGAAGGAGCUUGACCCCCUGGCAAGUAACCCUAAUCUGUACCUCCCAACAUUUCAAAUGGACAAAGCGAGACACUUUAAAGGGAUUCUUUAGUCAUAUUGAAGUCGUCUGGAUGCAGUGUCCUUGUCCUCUUAACCCUGCAAUGUAAAGCAUUGCAGUUUUUGAGUUUAACAUUGCAGGGUUAAAUCCACCUCUAGUGGCUGUCAGUAUGCCGAUAUCCCUUGACCAAACCGUUAAAGUCACUUAGCACCAACGAGACUGCCAAUCAGCAGGCUGCGUCUUAUUGGUAGUCAUUUUUUUGGGUGCAAAGGUUUCACUCCUAAACGUAAACCCUUCCUACAAUUGGCACAUGCCAUAUAAGCAUUCUCUUUCAUUAAAGACUCACUAUAGGGUCAGGAAAACAAACCUGUAUUCCUGACCCAGUAGUGAAUAUCCACCAUUUAGGUGGCUUGCCCUCCCCUUACCCCCCUCAGAAUGGAUUAAAACUGCCCCUCCCUUUUAGUGACAUAAUCAAAAUUGCUGAUUUUUAGCCAAUCCAAGGCUUUCCCAUGUGAAAGCCUUGGAUUGGCUAAAAUCAUUGAGGGUGCGGGGCCAAACGCCGUUUUGGCCAAUUGGCACCUCCUCAUAGAGAUGCAUCUCUGUGAGGAAAAUUCAGCGUCUCCAUGCAGAGCGUGAGGAUGCUGAAUGGCAGGGCUGCUUACUGUGCAGCCCUGAGCCAGGAAGCCCCUCCAGUGGCCAUCUAAGGAGUAGCCACUUAGAGGUGUCCCUAGGGGCAAUGUAAACACUGCCUUUUUUCUGAAAAGACAGUGUUUACAUGAAAAUGCCUGAAGGCAGCCCUUAUACUCACCAGAACAUUAAGCUUUAGUUGUUCUGGUGACUAUAGUGUCUCUUUAAAUAUAGCCCCUCUUUCCUUCUUAAAGUUCUAUUUUGCACUAAUUGUGUCGAAUUAAGUAUCCAAUUUAUUAGUGAUGACAUGAAUCCAGAGCAAGGGGAGAGGGGGCUUUAUAGUGUAAAUGUCACAAUCUCUUAUUUUAUUGUCAUCUCUUCCAUUUAAAGUGUUCACACAAUGCCACAGCGAUCCAUGACAUUCUUUAUCUAUUACCGAUGACGAUACCUGACCUGUAUAUAAUUAAAUCCUGAAAUUCUCAAAAGCUCAAAGCUCUUAGAAAGAUGUAUGCUUUUUAUUUAUUUUUUUGUUAUGGCAAAUUGGCGUUUUGAACAUUUCCAUUGUUCUUUUUUUAGUUCUAAAGACUGAAUCCUGAAUAGCCUUAUAUGGGCAUUGCAGAGAGAAGUAUGGUUCUGAGCUGGCUUGCUUGGAACCACACAGAGAGUUUGCUACUGGUAGAAUAAGGGGGGCGGAAACCUAGCAUGGUAUUAUAUUGUACUGAAGGAAGGGGCGCCAUAUCCAGAAAUCUAAAUUCAUUAUUAGUUGACUGCGUAAUAAUUCCAUAGCGAGUCCUAAAGAAAAGCAGCAGGCAGCAAAAAGAGGCAUUGUGCUUUUUCUGUUCAGGGUACAUGGUGUAAAAAGCCUAUUGUUAAAUGAUUAAUACUUUUGCUGCAAUAUAGAACAAAAUUAGCCAGGCCAAGAAGGGGUUAAACCGACAGAACCAUUUUCUUUCCCUUCCCCACCUCUAUAUUAAAUGGGCAUGGGAGCUGUACAAGUAGAAUUAUUAAUGCAUACGGGAGUCUGUCCAGAAUCCAAAUGUGAGGAAGAAUUCUCCUUUCAGUGUGCAGCCCAAGGCAGCUGGUACAAAGUGAAGGCUGGGAGCAGAAGGCUUUGUGCUACAUCCUCCCUCUGACAAGUAAUCCCGUGUCUGCCCCCACACUCCUGACCAAGGACAGGACAGAUGUUGCACAGAUGUUGGCUGAUUAGGAGGCAGACUGCUGGCCACGUAUCCCUUACUCUGCCAGUGAAUUGAAAGGACCAAAGUAAAGACCCCACUGCUACCUUAUUUAUUUAUUACUGGCAUUUAUAAGUCGUCAACAUAUUCCGCAGCGCUGUACAAUUGGGGAAAGCAAACGGUAAAAUAUACACAGACAAAUGAAAAAGUAAAGAGGGCCCUGGGAAUUAGCCAUUGAAGUUUAUACAAAGUACUUCGUUAGACAGCCCUUGAGCUUAUAAUGUGUAUUUGAGACCAGAGGAAGCAGGGGGACUUAAAAUAAGUACCUUCCUGAACACAACAAAAAAUAUUUUUCAGAUCAACCGUAACCUCAAAUGUGUAGGCUGAGGAAUAAUUUAAGAUUCCUGCGUGUUUAAUAGUUGGUGUUUUUGUGUAUUACGUGUGUGUGUGUGUACACGUGUAUAUACACAUACAUGUAUGUGGGUGUGAUCAUUUGCAGUGUUUUAUUGACAUUUCUCAGUUCAUUAAUGGCAGUGACGUCUCCCAAUUAGCGCCUUACGUUCCAUAGAAAAUUUUCUUUGAAUAGAUCAAAUCAUGAAUGUAUUUAAUCCCUUGUGUGGCAGUGUCUAUAGAUAAUAAUUGGGUACAAAAGUAAUUUAUACAGCUUAAAAUGAAGCAGCCUGUGGAUUACUGAUUUAACGCAUAUAUUUAAAAAGUCUUCAGUUCCCUCAUUUAUUGAUUUUACAUUUUUUAAAGGGACACUUGAAACCUGGACCCUGCAUUUGUUUGUGGCAAUGCAAACCAUUGACAUUUCUGACAGACCGAUAGCCAGUAGAUGCACCUCCUCAUUGAAGACUUGUAAUUACUGAAGGUCUGGACAGCAUGAAGCCGCAGAGUGAUUGGAUUGCUUCUCACAGAGAAGUUUCUCUAUGUGAAACACCCUUAGAGUGAAGACAUCCAUUUGGGGGCUGUGUAUAAAACAAUUCUGGGGCAAAGUUUACUAUUAUUCUUUAAACCACUUUGAAUAUUUCCCUUAAUUUUUUAAAUACAUUUGUUAACAUAUCACUGUGACCACUCUGCCCUCUCUUACACACGCCUUCACAGACCCCAAUUUCUGGAAGCCAUAGCUGAACUUGCUACAGUUCCCCCAGGGCUCUAGCAUGCGUUAAAACAUACUUGUUCUUUAUAUAUAAUACUGAACCUGUGCAGGAAGAGCUGCCUCUGGCUGGAUAUUUAUAAGUAAGACUAUAAUAUAUUUUAAAUAAAGGAUUGUUGUAUUGUAAACGCUUGUUGCACUAUAUGCUUCAGUCAUGGAUGGUGUACGAGUUACAUGGAACAUGUGUUUUCCUCUGUUAAUAUGUUCUGCAUCAGCGUUUUUAUCAUUACAAUUUGUUUAGAACGUCCAAUCUCUCUGGGCUGUAGAUGAAUUGACAAAUCACAUUUAUCCAGCCAACACUUAUAUUAAUGAGUAUGAAGUAGACUGUAUGACUGCUCUAUUUCGAAAUCUCCUGAGUCAUCACGUAAGGCUAGCUAUAGUUCAUCUAAAUCAUGGGUGGUCCAACUUCAGUGACGUGGGAUCUACCACCUAAGCAGCACAGGAAUGUUUCUGCCACCAUAACCACUGCAGGGCACAGUUCUCUGUAAUGGUUAUGGUGCUAGGAGUGCUCUGAGACUGCCCCAUGGUAAGCAGUGAACCUUUUCAGUAGUUUGACAACUUACCUCGUUCCCCAUGCACCACAGCUCCCACAUCUCAUUUAUAGCCCACAUUUCAUCGUCGUUUGCUCUCUUCUAAAAUCCUUCAUCCCAUUUAAUCUCCAGGGGACUAUUUUUAUUUUAUUCAAGGGAAUAAAAGAGCAGUUACAAAUUCCAUGUUGUUGUUGUUUUUAUCAUUAUUGGUAUUUAUAUACAGGGAGUGCAGAAUUAUUAGGCAAGUUGUAUUUUUGAGGAUUAAUUUUAUUAUUGAACAACAACCAUGUUCUCAAUGAACCCAAAAAACUCAUUAAUAUCAAAGCUGAAUAUUUUUGGAAGUAGUUUUUAGUUUGUUUUUAGUUAUAGCUAUGUUAGGGGGAUAUCUGUGUGUGCAGGUGACUAUUACUGUGCAUAAUUAUUAGGCAACUUAACAAAAAACAAAUAUAUACCCAUUUCAAUUAUUUAUUAUUACCAGUGAAACCAAUAUAACAUCUCAACAUUCACAAAUAUACAUUUCUGACAUUCAAAAACAAAACAAAAACAAAUCAGUGACCAAUAUAGCCACCUUUCUUUGCAAGGACACUCAAAAGCCUGCCAUCCAUGGAUUCUGUCAGUGUUUUGAUCUGUUCACCAUCAACAUUGCGUGCAGCAGCAACCACAGCCUCCCAGACACUGUUCAGAGAGGUGUACUGUUUUCCCUCCUUGUAAAUCUCACAUUUGAUGAUGGACCACAGGUUCUCAAUGGGGUUCAGAUCAGGUGAACAAGGAGGCCAUGUCAUUAGAUUUUCUUCUUUUAUACCCUUUCUUGCCAGCCACGCUGUGGAGUACUUGGACGCGUGUGAUGGAGCAUUGUCCUGCAUGAAAAUCAUGUUUUUCUUGAAGGAUGCAGACUUCUUCCUGUACCACUGCUUGAAGAAGGUGUCUUCCAGGAACUGGCAGUAGGACUGGGAGUUGAGCUUGACUCCAUCCUCAACCCGAAAAGGCCCCACAAGCUCAUCUUUGAUGAUACCAGCCCAAACCAGUACUCCACCUCCACCUUGCUGGCGUCUGAGUCGGACUGGAGCUCUCUGCCCUUUACCAAUCCAGCCACGGGCCCAUCCAUCUGGCCCAUCAAGACUCACUCUCAUUUCAUCAGUCCAUAAAACCUUAGAAAAAUCAGUCUUGAGAUAUUUCUUGGCCCAGUCUUGACGUUUCAGCUUGUGUGUCUUGUUCAGUGGUGGUCGUCUUUCAGCCUUUCUUACCUUGGCCAUGUCUCUGAGUAUUGCACACCUUGUGCUUUUGGGCACUCCAGUGAUGUUGCAGCUCUGAAAUAUGGCCAAACUGGUGGCAAGUGGCAUCGUGGCAGCUGCACGCUUGACUUUUCUCAGUUCAUGGGCAGUUAUUUUGCGCCUUGGUUUUUCCACACGCUUCUUGCGACCCUGUUGACUAUUUUGAAUGAAACGCUUGAUUGUUCGAUGAUCACGCUUCAGAAGCUUUGCAAUUUUAAGAGUGCUGCAUCCCUCUGCAAGAUAUCUCACUAUUUUUGACUUUUCUGAGCCUGUCAAGUCCUUCUUUUGACCCAUUUUGCCAAAGGAAAGGAAGUUGCCUAAUAAUUAUGCACACCUGAUAUAGGGUGUUGAUGUCAUUAGACCACACCCCUUCUCAUUACAGAGAUGCACAUCACCUAAUAUGCUUAAUUGGUAGUAGGCUUUCGAGCCUAUACAGCUUGGAGUAAGACAACAUGCAUAAAGAGAAUGAUGUGGUCAAAAUACUCAUUUGCCUAAUAAUUCUGCACUCCCUGUAGUGGCAAAUUAUUUCGUAUAUUGAGGGGGAAAGUUAACAAUAAAUGAGACAAUUAGAAAAUGUUAGAGGAACUAUAGGUAGAUGAUGACCCUGCUCAUAGAACCUCAGCCGCUACUCAAUCUCUUCUUCCGUUACCUGCUUUCUAGCCAAGUGUCAUCCCAGAGAAGUGGCUGCACUGCUCUUAUGCCACAACGUAAUAUCACUGAAUCUCUUCCACUGGAGAGAGGAGACAGAUGCCCGACCUAUUUGCUAAUGCACAUGCUGUAUGCAUACACUGGACAGCUCUAACAUGGCAUAGGACAAAAUAAAAAAAACAACUAUUCUGAUCUUCUCAUUUUAAAAGGCACAUAUAUGCCUUGAAGUUGAUUUUCUCAGCCAAUUCAGUUUACCCCAGUUUCAAAAAUGUAUUUAAAAUAAGGAAGGUGACCUUCUUCUUAAAAUACAUCAGAAGAGGCGACUAGGCUUAAGGUGAUUGGGGGACCUAGGUGUCAAAACUUAUUUAACUAAUACCUGUGGGGCCAUGCAAGGGGACUCAUGUGACCAUGACGAUUACCGUGCUCUGUAGUGGUUAUGGUGCAUAGACUGACCCUUUAAAUCCCUGAAGUUCAGAUUUUCGGGAGAACCAAGUUUAAAAUCAUUUGAUUUCACAAUGUUCCCUGGCAAAUUGAUAGGUUUGCACCCAUAAUAGUCCAGGCAUUCAAUAUGUAUCUUAUGGAGGAAAAUUAACUGGUCACGGUAAUUUUCCUAUUGUUUGUGGUUUUUAUUUCCUCAAUUUUAUGUUUCUAAAGACAUAUUCUGCAGCACGGUGAAUAGAAUUGAUGCAUUAAACAUAUAGCUGAUAAACAACAAAUGUAGGCUUUUCUGACCAUUCUGAUGUUAAAGUGCAAUUGCAGAUUGCUCACUGCUGGAGGGGAUGUACUGAGCCCUCUAGGCAUAAAAGAUAAAUAAUCAAGUAUGCACUUUGUACUGAUGUCUGCAUGACCCUGUGCAGCAACAUGUAAACUGUAAUUGGAUUAUGGAAUUGAUUGAUGGCAUGUAUGAGCCAUGUUUGGCUGUGACACAAACAGUGUGAAAGUAUUCCUUUAAAUUCUUGCUCUCUUUACAUUUUAAUUUGUUUGGUUACUUUAUUAAUUGAAGUAGAGAAAGGCAAAAUAAAAUUGGUAUCAAUUAGGAAAUAUGAGUUUAUACAGCUACAAAAAAUAAAUAUAUAAUAUGCACCAGGCAAAUAGUGGGGCAGGGGGGAAUGCGGGGGUUAAUAAGUCUACUUAGAUUUAGGGUAUUGAUGUGUGUUUGUCUUUGAUUGCUAAAGAUGUUCGCUUUAACAUUUCAGAUCAAUUAGAGGGUUAAAAAUAUCCAAGGAACGGACCAGUGACAUUUUUUUCUUCACUGUUUAAAAGAUAUAUGCCCCCAAAGAAAAGAUGCAUGCAUGUCUUUUCUGCAUGUUUUUUUUUGUGGGUCUAUGAAAACACAGUUUGCAGAAACUGCAGAUCUGCCGUCUGCAGCCUUUGCAAACUUCCCUUUUAUCAAACCUUUAAUCUCUGUUGAUUUACAAGUGACAGCUGUAGGAUUCAGGAAUCGUCUCGCUCAUCGCAAAAUGCAAUCUAGUGUUGUGCUGUCACACAUGCACAAGAUUGCAGCACUUUAUGGCACCUGGCAGAUGUAGCAACAGUCGCUGAAGAAGUUCUAUAGGAAAAAGUUGGUGACGGACGCAAGGAACAACUUCAGAUAUGUAAACCUACGUUACACUGCACCCCACAGCCACAGGACCCUAGCCGGAGAUGCCAAAAUUGUGUUAUUUUCUUAAAGCAGAUUUGUCAUUUUUAGGAGUAUUUACCUGACACCUGAAAGUGGAUAGACUUUCAUAUUAAAGCAUUUUGCUAAAUUUGGAUGUUUACUACAUGUCAUAAUUAUUUGAAAAGCAUGAUCUCCAUAGACAUACCUGCACUACUCUGCGCUCGUACCGUAAUACCACUUGUAGAUCACUACCAUAUGUUCUUGGUGCACAGUUUUUGUCUCUAUACCAGACAAUACAUAUGAUUCCUACGUUCCAGGAAUAUUCAUGUCUAUAGGCACAUAAAGUAAUAUGUGAUAAAGUGAGUCAGGCACCCCACUGGACUAUCAGGGACUCAGGACCCCCAAUAGACCACCAGGCAGAGUUAACCUCUGCUUGACCAGCAGGGAAUAUGACCCCUCCAUGGGGAUCAUUGCCUCCCUCCCUUGAAGAAAGCCAAGUAGUAGGGGGCUACACAGAGCAUGACCACACAAAUAAUGUACAGUCAGCACACACAUACAGCUUGAAUUUUUGAGCUGAUUUUAUGGUAACGUUAUCUUAAAGAUGGAUGUCAGAUGUUUGGGCAUGGGGUGUGGGGGACGUAUUUGCAGUGCUUGCCAUGGGUGCUUUCUUAAGUAGAUACACCUCUGCUUAUCUGUGAUGCUGCUAUACUGCAUAGCCGAGUAGAAUCUGCUGAAUAUAAUAUCACUUAUAUUAAUAUAAUUAUCCCUUGGCAGAUAGUAUAUUUUAGAAUAUUGCUGUAGGGUUAUUAGCUGUGUCUUGCAUUAUUUAGUUUGUCAGUUUGGUCUCCUAAGACUUGGAACCAAACUGAUUUUUAUCUGGAUCUCUUACAGGCCUGGCCAAGUCUCAUUAGACAGAUUUCUAAUUAAUAGGCCUGGAUCAAGAAGCUCACUCAGUGAUGUCGGAAGCAAAUUUUCUACAAUCGUGUAUUUCUGUGGUUCAGCUUGGGCGACCGUCAUUGAUCAUCGACUCUCAUAGUCUGGAAACUAGACUUAGGCAUUUGGGGUUUUUUUGUUUGGUUUUUUUAAAUUCUUUAUUUUUCAUUUUUGGUGCAUGGUAUUUAAGUUUCACAAACAGGUAGGCAUUUGUUUUUGGACAAACACGUUUUCGUCCAAAUUUUCUGCAAAUGCAAAUUACAGGGAGUGCAGAAUUAUUAGGCAAAUGAGUAUUUUGACCACAUCAUCCUCUUUAUGCAUGUUGUCUUACUCCAAGCUGUAUAGGCUCGAAAGCCUACUACCAAUUAAGCAUAUUAGGUGAUGUGCAUCUCUGUAAUGAGAAGGGGUGUGGUCUAAUGACAUCAACACCCUAUAUCAGGUGUGCAUAAUUAUUAGUCAACUUCCUUUCCUUUGGCAAAAUGGGUCAAAAGAAGGACUUGACAGGCUCAGAAAAGUCAAAAAUAGUGAGAUAUCUUGCAGAGGGAUGCAGCACUCUUAAAAUUGCAAAGCUUCUGAAGCGUGAUCAUCGAACAAUCAAGCGUUUCAUUCAAAAUAGUCAACAGGGUCGCAAGAAGCGUGUGGAAAAACCAAGGCGCAAAAUAACUGCCCAUGAACUGAGAAAAGUCAAGCGUGCAGCUGCCACGAUGCCACUUGCCACCAGUUUGGCCAUAUUUCAGAGCUGCAACAUCACUGGAGUGCCCAAAAGCACAAGGUGUGCAAUACUCAGAGACAUGGCCAAGGUAAGAAAGGCUGAAAGACGACCACCACUGAACAAGACACACAAGCUGAAACGUCAAGACUGGGCCAAGAAAUAUCUCAAGACUGAUUUUUCUAAGGUAUUAUGGACUGAUGAAAUGAGAGUGAGUCUUGAUGGGCCAGAUGGAUGGGCCCGUGGCUGGAUUGGUAAAGGGCAGAGAGCUCCAGUCCGACUCAGACGCCAGCAAGGUGGAGGUGGAGUACUGGUUUGGGCUGGUAUCAUCAAAGAUGAGCUUGUGGGGCCUUUUCGGGUUGAGGAUGGAGUCAAGCUCAACUCCCAGUCCUACUGCCAGUUCCUGGAAGACACCUUCUUCAAGCAGUGGUACAGGAAGAAGUCUGCAUCCUUCAAGAAAAACAUGAUUUUCAUGCAGGACAAUGCUCCAUCACACGCGUCCAAGUACUCCACAGCGUGGCUGGCAAGAAAGGGUAUAAAGAAGAAAAUCUAAUGACAUGGCCUCCUUGUUCACCUGAUCUGAACCCCAUUGAGAACCUGUGGUCCAUCAUCAAAUGUGAGAUUUACAAGGAGGGAAAACAGUACACCUCUCUGAACAGUGUCUGGGAGGCUGUGGUUGCUGCUGCACGCAAUGUUGAUGGUGAACAGAUCAAAACACUGACAGAAUCCAUGGAUGGCAGGCUUUUGAGUGUCCUUGCAAAGAAAGGUGGCUAUAUUGGUCACUGAUUUGUUUUUGUUUUGUUUUUGAAUGUCAGAAAUGUAUAUUUGUGAAUGUUGAGAUGUUAUAUUGGUUUCACUGGUAAUAAUAAAUAAUUGAAAUGGGUAUAUAUUUGUUUUUUGUUAAGUUGCCUAAUAAUUAUGCACAGUAAUAGUCACCUGCACACACAGAUAUCCCCCUAACAUAGCUAUAACUAAAAACAAACUAAAAACUACUUCCAAAAAUAUUCAGCUUUGAUAUUAAUGAGUUUUUUGGGUUCAUUGAGAACAUGGUUGUUGUUCAAUAAUAAAAUUAAUCCUCAAAAAUACAACUUGCCUAAUAAUUCUGCACUCCCUGUAAAUGAAUGAAUGAAAGAUUUUUAAUAAUUUAAAAAUAAUAAAGGCUUUCCUACACUGUGCAAUUUAUGUCCUAGAGCGGUUAUUGGUUGCUCUGACAGGUAAAUCUUGAGACAUCAGAGUGCUUGAUAAAGACCAUUGCAGUGGUCAAAAUGUUGCUUUUUUACACUAGGGAAACCUGAAUAAAGGGACACUACUUUUAAAAGGAAGUGCUGGUAUUUAUUGUGAGCUACCAAAUAUAUACUGAGCAGAACCGGAUUCCUUGCACCCUUGAGUGGUGGGUUAGUGCAGUUCUUAUUUCUUAUUUUAGAAGGAAAAAAACAAACAAGUCAUCUAGUGUUCUUAAUCCUUAUGUGGGAUUGCAUAGGGAUACCAAAAAGGAGCUAUCUACUUAUUAACUCCACAAUUUGUUACCUUUAAAUAUGGUAAUACCACAGGAGUUAUCUACUAUAAACAGCUGCAAGAUUCAGCAUGGAUUGGAAAUGAAUUCAUCCAAAUUAAAUUCUGAUAUGAAAAUAAUGUCUGAACUUCGUCUGGAAACAAAGAUAAUGUUUUUAUUAGAAAAACUACAUUUUGGAGGCGCCCAAGUCUACUGGCAACUGAAGCACCAGGAGCUGAAGUUGGACUGCAGGAAGAAGAUAGAUGCCGUUGUGAAGGACAACUUGAGGUAAGUAAAAACUUUCCUUCCUCUGCACCCUAUAGCCACCAAAUCCACCAUAGUCUAUUAAAAUUCUGUGGAGGUGGUGGUACACCGACCAGUGCUAGUUCAUGGACUGGCAAUCAUGGACCUGCAUUUUUCUCCUACAAAAGGGAAGGACUGCACUCUCUCAACCAGCCCAGGGGGUGUCGAGGUUAUUUUACCAGAUUCUGAGUUGGAUAAAGCGAUACAUUUCUGCUCUUUAACAUCAGAAAGCUUGAAGUUUGUGAAGUGCUCCUCUACUAACAGUUUGUCCUGAGGCCAUGAGCAAAGGAUGCUGAUUUCUGGUUUAAUGUCAGUGCCAUCAUAUCAGCCAUGCCUGUCAAAAGUUAUGGUGGCCCAAUCACACCCAUAAACCGUUUUUCUUUCAUAUGGUCUACUAAUAAUACAUGAAAAAUCAGUGGUUUCUGACAACAUAAUUCAGCUGGUACUGAAAUUUUUGUGACUUAGACAGAAUACCAGGAAGGUAAUUCCAUGUUGCCAAAAUGUUUUAAGGUGAACCGCUGAAUAUGUAUGUCCUCUAGCUUCUAAAUUCUACAGAACAUUUUCUACACUGAACAUGUAUUUCAAUUUCUAUAUUUCAAUAUACCUGCCUGGAACUCAUCAUGCACAUUCCAAUAAUAUCCCCACUAGCUCUAGAAAGUCCUUAUAUUUCCUGCCUAAACCACGAACAGGAUAUAAAUAUUAAUAUUUACGGUACUGGCAACCAGACCGAAAAAAUUCUCGCACAUAUUGCUGGUUAUUAUGGGAUGGGAGAGGGCUAGGCAGUUGUAUAAAAGUAAGUUGUUCAUUAUUUUCUUUGAACUCUUUAAAACAAUUACUGGCUCUGUGUAAUUUCUAAAGUUUGGUUCUGAGACAUCUGGCACAGAAUUUGUAAAGGAACACUACCUGAAUACAAACUUGUAUUGCUAACACUAUUGUGUCACUGUCCCUAAUUUAUAAGAUGCCCCUUCCCCACCUUCCAGUGACUAAAGGGUAAAAACCCUAUUUUACUUACCUUAAUUCCAGUGACAAGGCUUCCUGGGUGUUGGUUAGGUCUUCUCCUCUUGCCUCCGAUCACUGAAAUUGUGAGACCUAAUGCACAUGCACUUAAGCUUCUCUAUAGGAAAGCAUUGAAUCCGUGCCUUCAUAUGGUGAGUUUGAAGACCAAGUGUGAGGAAGUCCAGCGUAGUUUCACAAGGUAAAACUCAGAAAGGGAGCAGGAAGCACCUCUACUGUCUGUCUGGAAGACAGCUUUGGACUGAACUCUGCAAUGUAAACAUUGCAGUUUCUCAGAAAUGUCUAUAUUUUACAUUGCAAGGUUAAACACAAAGGGGCACUGCACCCGGACCACUCAAUGAGAUGAAGUAGUCUUGGUGCCUUUAGAGACCCUUUAAGGACCAGAAUGUGAUUUCAUUAUAGAAGGUUAUUGCUCCUUAAGGGCUUUAAGAGACACUGUAGGCACCAUAACCGCUUUGUCUCAUGAAAGUGAUUAUGGCGUCUAGAUACUACUGUCGCUGUCCUUCCAUUCAGCAAUACAGUUUUUAAUGUUUUGGUACUAAACAGAAGUCCCCAGAAACUCACCAACUCUGUGCUGCUUGGACUAAUAAGGAAGCAUUCGCCUGAGUAGCAAUGGAUGGCUGUGAUUGGCUGAGAGUGUCAUUACAGCUAUGAAUCAGUAUAGCUACAAGGAAGUGUGUACUUUCUCCCUUAGCCACACCUCCAGUGGGGGUAGUACUAUUGGAAGCCAGGCUUGAAAACGAUUUAGCACUGAAUGAAAAGCACAGUGCCAGGGGCAUAUUUUUUCACAGUGAGAAGCGCCUUUAGUGGCUGUCAGUGAGACAGCCACUAGAGGCUGGAUUAACCCUUAUGUAAACAUAGCAGUUUCUCUGAAAACUGGAAUGGAAAACUUGCUGUUUGAUUCAUCCAAAGUAUAAACAAAAUGGCGCUGUCAAAAGCAGUGGGUAGACAAAUAUUAUAGAACACCUAAUGACUGACUAGAUCAAGGUGAAAUAUAUAUAUAUAUAUAUAUAUAUAUAUAUGUAUAUAUGUAUGGAUAGAUAGCCUGGCUACCCAAAUUUUGGGUUUGUGUGAUUUAUGUGCUCUUAUAGUUUUUAAUAAAAAAAACUAAAUAUAAUUUGCACUGCUUCCAUUGGAGAAUGUUUCAUUAAUUGCUUUCCUUAUCAAAAAAAUAAAACCAAAACAAAUAAUGAUGAGAGCUUUUUUAGAGCUUUUCAGCACUAAUUAUUCUCAUCAGGUGCACUGUAAGUCAUGUGUAAAUGUGCCAUACGGACACAUGAUGUAUAUGAACAUAUAUGAUGUAUCUGAAUAUAAAGUCAGUGGGUAAAUUGGGAAUUUAAAACAAAAUUCUAAUUUUAAGCCAACUAUUUUUAUCUAAAAUUUUAAAUCUCUUUCAGUCUGAAACAAUUCAUACUUUAAGGGACUUUAUGGGCAUCCCGACUAUAUCAUCCCAUUGAAGUGGUCUGGGUCCAAUGGUCCUAUAAUUUUAGCUCUGCAAUGUAAAACAUUAGAAAAAAAGUUAAUAAACUAUAUCUAAACAGACUGAUAACUUGUUCUUUGUGUAACUAUCUUUAUAUACAUAUAGGAGAUAUUGUUCUUUAAGGAUUGUUCUAGUUCUCUGGCAGCACCCUUUAGGAUGUUCAAUAAAUAGGCCUUGUAAGUGUAGAUUUUGCUUUAGUGGGACUUGGCCUUCUGUAACGUGUGUGCAAUAAUCUAAAAUAUGGGACUUUUAUUUUCUUUGCCAGACAGGAGAACACAAACAUAUCUUCAGUCUCUGCAAAAGGUGAGUGACAUUUUAUUUUUAUGAAAAGUUACUGAAAUUGUUUUGUUAACACCUCCAAACUAAUAUACACUGCUACCAAACAUGUUUACAACAUUUUUAACAAUGUAGUAGAUGUGCUCUCCAUGAGAACAUGCAUGCAUUUAUUAUAAUUUGUUUUAUUAGAGAUUUAUCAUGCAGCUUGCUAAGCUUCAGAUCUCUAGUCUACAGCUUUUGCAAGCCCUCCCCUUCUAACCCAGCCAAGACUUUCUGUGGCUGUCCAAUCACAGACUUCCCAAUGCAGCUCAAUCAGGAGUCUCCUGAGUUUAGCUCCACUGAGCUCACCAAACCUUGAAGUAACAAGACUUGUUGUCUGCUUAAAAGCCAAGGGGGUGUUACCAUUUUAAUUUAUAAAAGUGCAAAUUUCUAUUAAAAUAUGUACUUUUUGUAAAAUGAACAAAAUAAGACACACUGUAUCUAGCCAAAGUGCUUUAGGUGUUUGGAGUGUCCCAUUAAAUAUUUAUUCCAACCUCCAUGACCUCUUAUGCUCUUAGAAGUGUUCAUGGUGGUAGGAAUCUGCAUAUGCAGCGUUCCUGUUUGAAGCUCUGCACAUACAGAGAUAUCUGCACUUUUGCUGUUACACCCGUAGCACACGUGACCUAGGCAGUCCGAGCUGCCUAAUGUCAACUCUGUGCAAAAUUUCAUCUAACAAGCAUUAUAAGCUUCUACCUUUGAGCCUGCAUGGGGAAUAUUUUCUCUUCUUCCCCUGGUGUGCUUCCUCCCUGCACCCUUCAUUGACAAUGAUUCUUUUAAAUAAUUAUUUUUUUAUUACAUUUUUUUUACAAAUUCACUCCCACCCCUGCUUGCUUUCCUGGCUCAGAGGGCAUGCGUGUGCUCUGAGCCUAGAUUUGGUCCAGUCACAUGCUAUUCAAAGCAAUUGAUUGGAACAUGGAGAGGGAAGGAAUGAUGCGGUGUGAUGCCAGAUGGAGCUAGUUACCACCUGGCUAAUGCACGCCAUUGCAUUCAUUGGUUGAGAGCGCUCAGCUGACAUUCUCAGCCAAUUAAUGACUCGUAGGAUCAGUAUCCAGCCUCUGCAGAAGCCAAAUGCAUGCCACUGGCCAUAGAGGACCCCUGGUGAGGACAGCAAAAUGUUUUGCCCCAAAUUGGGGCCGACUGCAGUGGUUAUGAUGCUUCGGGUAACCCUUAAAUGUAUUACCUAGAUAUUGCAUUUCUGUGACGUGUUUGAGAGCGGGAAAUUAUAUUUCUGAAUUGUUAAUAAAAUGUUAGUAGCGCAUAUAAUUAUACACAUGUUUUGACAAGUUCCUUACUGACUUAUAGCCAUGUUUAUUAACCCUACCACUACCAAUUUUUUGCCUUUUGGUUUCCUGUAAGAACUUUCAGAAUGCCACCAAAAUAUGUGUGGUGGCAUAACGCUCACAUAAAUCAAGUACAGUUAUAAAGUUGUAGCCGUUCCCAUAAGAGAAGUUUGUCAGAUGCUUGUAGUUGGGAGUUAAGAAAGAUCUUACAAAGAGCAGACACUAUUAUGAUGUGGCUUUCAGUAAGUGUUGAUUAUUUUAUUUUUCACAGAUACCACAGACUUUCCACCUCCGCCUGUAGCACCCUCUGGGCCCGCAGCCCGCCCUCCUUGGACUACAGAUCCUUCUUUUGCUGAACGUUAUGCACCUGACAAAACCACUACUGUGAUGACAAAGCACACCCAACCAGCAACCCCCACACCAGUUCAGAACCGUAGUUCCAUCUUGCAGGCAGCACAGCCUGCCACUACAGGAGAGAAAACUCCCAUCUGUUCCCAGUGCAAUAAGGUCAUUAGGUGAGUGUCAGAUUGACCACACAACAUGUAAGGAAUAUUCCAAGCACAAAAACCACUACAGCCAACUGUAGUGGUUACUGUGCCAGGAAUGCCUUAAUGCUAUCCCACAGUAAAAUGUCAAACUGUUUAAGCACAGUUUAAUAUCUUAAGUAGGUGCUGCCGGGCGCUCACACCACAUUUGUCCUAUUCAGUCUUCUCCAGGAUGUCUCUUUAGAGCAAACCAAGACCGCAAUAAUUGGCUGAGAGUCUCUUGUGACGUCCUGAUCUGUUUCACUGUUAUAUUUUUAAAUUGUUUGCCUGCAGAGGGCGAUAUUUGCUGGCCCUGGGGCGCUACUAUCACCCUGAAGAGUUUACGUGCUCGCAGUGCCACAACGUGCUUGAAGAGGGGGGGUUCUUUGAGGAAAAGGGAUCCAUAUUUUGCCCCCGCUGCUAUGAUGUCAGAUUCGCCCCCAACUGUGCCAAGUGCAAGAAGAAGAUUACUGGGGUAAGUUUUUGAUCAUUCUUUUAACUUCUACCGAUUCCAUGCAAUAUAUACCAGCGUAGAUCUUUAUCUGCUCCUCAGCAUUGUGGGUCCCAUGGGAUACUUUAUGGCAUCUUCAAACAUCACUAAAUGUUAUGGCAAAAUGUAGGCUAAAAUAGCUGAUUUGGAAAUGUUCUCCAUAUCGGCUGUAGCAACAGUUGAUUGUUUUAGCUUAAAUUUUGCAAUCUGAUUUUUAAUUCACUACACACUAAUAGUGACUCCCCCAACACCCCCCUACCUGUGUUUAUUUUUCCCAUUGCAUUACCCAAUAUUUGAAAUUGGAUUCAUCUUUCAUUGUGCAGUUGCUUUUGUUAGUUUGGUCAAACUGAGUGUUUUAAAUAUCACAUUUACAUAUUUAUAUAAAGUGCCAACUAAUUAUCUAUUUGUAGGGGAUAGCCGUCAAAUGCAGAAUUACAAAGAAAGGGUCAUGUUUCACUUGCCAGUAUAUAUAUAUACACAAAAUACACAAUCGAACGCACUCGCUUAUGCACUAAACAAUGAUUUCAAAUCUUAGAGAUUGUAAUAGUUUUAUUUAACCCCUUAAAACCGGAGGACGUACAAUUACGCCCUCUAAUAGGCGGCUCUAAACGCCGCCGGGCGUAAUUGUACGCCCUCCGGUUUUUGUUAACUUACCCGGUCGCCGGCGGUCCCACGCCGGCGAUCGCGGUGGGGGGGACUCCCAGGGGGCCCCCCGCGGCACAUCCGUCCUCGUUGAAGCCCCCCGGCCAUGUGAGAGUGGGGUCCUAGCGAGGACCCCACAAUCACAUGGCCGGGUAUAGCUGGCUUCUGUAUUGCCGGGAGGGGGGCUGCCUGUAAUGACAGGUGGUCCCCCUGCUGGCUGAAAAUAAAAGUAAAAUAAGUUAAUGGUGUAAAAAAAAAUUAUUAUAUAUACUUAGAUCAUAUAUAUAUAUGAUCUAAGUAUAUAUAUACACAUAUACAUACACACACAUACACCGUCUAGGUGUAUUUUACUAUUAAUAUAUAUAUAAUUAUAUAUAUAUAUAUUAAUAUCAAAUUACACGUAGACUGAUACUGAUUAAAUAUAUAUAUAUAAUUAUUGUUAUAUAUAUAUAUUUAAAUAUAAUAUAAAAAAGUUUAAUAUGUAAAUACGUUAAAAAAUUAAAUUUAAAAAAUAAUAAAAAAAAAUAAUUUAAAAAUAUAUAGAUGUGUGUUAUUUCGUUCUAACUGUAUUGUGAUAUUAAUAUAUAUAUAUUUAUAUCAAAAUACACGUAGAACUAAAUAAUAUAUAUAUCUACAUACAUAAAUAUAUACGUAUAUAUCACUAUAUAUAUACCUAUAUAUAAAUAAAAAUAUUUUAAAAAAAUUAUAUAGAUAUAUACAUAUAUAUACACAUACGUGUAUAUAUAUACAUAUAUUGAUUCUACAUAUAUAUUUAUGUAAUAUUUUUACAUAAUUAGGUAUCUUAAUUAAUUACAAUUAGCAGGACCUGCCUGACAACCCAUGCCGAAAGUAAAGGGAAUUUAAUUUGCUAGCUCUAUAUUUAACCCUAUAACUUUCCGAGACACCAUAAAACCUGUGCAUGGGGGGUACUGUUCUACUCGGGAGACUUCGCUGAACACAAUAUUAGUGUUUCAAAACAGUAAAAUGUAUUACAACGAUAAUAUCGCCAGUAAAAGUGAAGUUUUUUGCAUUUUUCACGCACAAACAGCAUUACACGGACAAUAUUAUUGCUGUGAUACUUUUUACUGUUUUGAAACACAAAUAUUUGUGUUCAGCGAAGUCUCCCGAGUACAACAGUACCCUCAUGUACAGGUUUUAUGGUGUUUUCAAAAGUUACAGCGUCAAAUAUAAGGCUUGCGUUUCAUUUUUUUCACAUUAAAAUUCGACAGAUUGGUUACGGUGCCUUUGAGACCCUAUGGUAGCCCAAGAAUGAAAAUUACCCCUAUGAUGGCAUACCAUUUGCAAUAGUAGACAACCCAAGGUAUUGCAAACAGGGUAUGUCCAGUCUUUUUAGUAGCCACUUAGUCACAAACACUGGCCAAAAUUGGCGUUUUUUGCAUUUUUCACACACAAACAAAUACUAACGCUAACUUUGCCAGUGUUUGUGACCAAAUGGCUACUAAAAAAGACUGGACAUACCCCAUUUGCAAUACCUUGGGUUGUCUACUAUUGCAAAUGGUAUGCCAUUAUGGGUGUAAAUUUCAUUCCUGGGCUACUAUACAGUCUCAAAGGCAACGUAACCAAUCUGGCGAAUUUCAAUUUCAAAUGUAACGUGCUAUAUUUGACCCUGUAACUUCCCAAAACGCCAUAAAACCUGUACAUAGGGGGUACUGUCUUACACGUGAGACUUUACUAAAUACAAAUAUGUGUAUUUUAUUGCAGUAAAAUCAAACAGUAUUAUGACACUGACCUUUAAAAUGCAAUUUAGAACUAAAAAAAUCAAAAAAAUCGUAUUUUCUCCCAUUUUUUUCAUAUUAAAUUAUGUUUCAUAGCUAAAUAUUUGAUAUUAAAUGAAAGCCCUGUUUCCCCUGAAUAAAAUGAUAUAUAAUAAGGGUGGGUGCAUUUACUAUGAAAGAGGUGAAUUACGGUUGGACAGACAUGUAGCGCAAAUGCCAGGUUUUGUUUACAUUUUGUUUUGUUCACAAUGUGUACAUUUGGCUCUGUCCUUAAGGGGUUAAAAACACCUCACCUAGGCAAAAAAAUUAUGGGGGUUUAGUUACAUUAUAAAAGCAUAUAUUGCAUAAGCCUGCCACAACAUCAGUGUACCCCAUUCCAGGCAGGUCCUACCCUAGCAGUCUAAUGCUUGAGAUAUAUAUAUAUCAUUUUUAGUAUAUUAAGAAAUCUCAACAUAUUUUACAAGUCCAGGUCUAGGGCUAUUCCUGAUUAAAAGCGACACAGUUUCUAGAGUCUCCCAGAGAACAGUUACUCUCUAAAAGUGUGAGAAAGCACAGGGAAGUUUGCUAAAUUGUUAUUUGUCUUGUGCCAAGCUUGUGGUUUAAAUAUAAAUAUAUAUUUCACUUUGUGUAUGCCUUCUUUCUUUAUUCUGGUGGGACCCCUGCAUAAUUAAAGGGACUCUAUAAGCACUAUAACAUUACAUCUGUGGUUUUUUUUGUUUUGUUUUUUAAACCAUUUGGCAAAUAUAACUCUCCCUGCACUCAGCGUUUUACAUCCACGUUAGGCUUAAAUAACUCACAGGCUAUUGUUGCCAGGAUAUUGUAUAGAAAAAGUGGAAGGGAAACUUCAUAUUGUCUCAUGGGUUGUAAAGGAGCCUGGCUUUGGGUCCUGGAGAGCCCUGCAUUUUUGUCAAAUAGUUUUACAAAAACUGGAGGGAUUGCACCCAAAGACUGUUUGCGCCAUGAACACUGGAAAAAGGUAUAGUGGUCAUGGUGCGUAGUGUCCUUUUAAAGUGAGCGUACUUAUAGAAUAAUAGUUAAAGGGAAACUGCAGGUCCCCUCUCCCUCCCACCACCCAUCCUAUGUUACCCCUUCAGUGUCUUACCAGAGGCAGCGACAUAUCCCACAUCGCUGCUUCUCCCUCCGCCGCUGCCCCUCCUCUGCAUUAAGACGGCCGGUGGGCGAGACUGAUCCCGUCCACCGUCCGGGCAGACCUAAUGCGCAUGCGUGACAAUGCCACGCAUGCGCAUUAGAGCUCCCCAUUGAAAAUGCUUUCCUAUGGGGAAUUGAGCGACGCUGGAGGUCCUCACACAGCGUGAGGACAUCCAGCGACGCUCUAGCACAGGUUUUCUGUGCUAUGAAGGAGGAAGUGCCCUCUAGUGGCUGUCUAGUAGACAGCCACUAGUUGAGGAGUUAACCCUGCAAGGUAAUUAUUGCAGUUUAUAAAAACUGCAAUAAUUACACUUGCAGGGUUAAGAGUAGUGGGAGUUGGCACCCAGACCACUCCAAUGGGCAGAAGUGGUCUGGGUGCCUGGAGUGUCCCUUUAAUGAUUCUAGAGGAACUUGUAAAUUUAAAUGCCAUGAUUGGAUUUCCUAAUUGCCCUGGAAACAAGGUCCUGUGAAAAUUUUAUUACUUUAUUUCUAUAAUUUAUUACUAGUUUUAAUGUGCGUUUCUGACCUCUGAACAGCAUGUGAUCCUCACUUUUGUUUUCAGGAAAUCAUGCAUGCUUUGAAGAUGACCUGGCAUGUUCAGUGUUUUACCUGCGCCUUCUGCAAGACUCCGAUUCGUAACCGUGCCUUUUACAUGGAGGAGGGGCAGCCCUACUGUGAAAAAGGUAAAAAUUGAAUUUCUCUUGAAAACAAUUUGAAACACAAACCUAAAUGUUUAUUUGUAGAAAGUAAAAAAAUCAAUAUAUAUAUAUGUAAUUACAUGUAUUUAUACAAAAAUAUGUGUAAAGUCUUUAUUACGGUAAUUGGAAAAAUGUGGUCAUCUGGAAAACAUUUCAGACAAAAAGCUUGAAAGUCCUGAUUUGCUUGACUUAAUGGAUGUUUUUCAUGCCCAGAUUACGAGAAGAUGUUUGGCACUAAGUGCCGCGGCUGCGACUUUAAGAUUGAUGCCGGUGAUCGUUUCUUGGAAGCUCUUGGAUACAGCUGGCAUGACACCUGCUUUGUUUGUGCGGUAAGAACUUUAUUUUUCUCUUCUUUAACAUGCAGUAGCUUCAGUGCAACCAGUUAUUGCCCAGGAGUCAUGUACUUAACCUCUUCAGUGCAAUAUGAAAGUUUCAAAUACAUCUUUUUUUGCAUGUGCAACAAGAAGUCACCAUGUUGUAGCUUCUUAAUGGAUAUUUUCACCUACAUAACUAAUUGUUCCAACAGGAGUGAAAAGUGUAAGAUCUAUUAACUUCCUUAAGGCCACACAACAACUAAACAACUAAAAGCUUUAACAACAACUAAAAGCUUUAAAAUUGACUUUUUUAAUCCAUUUAAUUUACCAGGCUAAUAAAUGUAUUAAAUGUUCUAUAAUUACACAGCUGGAGCAAAAGAUUAUAAAAGAAAAACUAUUUAUAGAGAGAAUCAAGAAAAAAAGGAUGUUAAGUUAAAACAAAAAAAAUGCGUUGUGUAAAACUCAAGCGCACAUAAGCAGAUGUACCAAUAUAUUGGAUUGGAGGAUGAGAGGGGUAUAGAUCCAUCCAAAACACUAGAUUGCAGUGAUCCAUACUGGAACAUUGCAAUUGUACAUACAUUGAGGAUGUGGAGAGGGGGAUGGUUUGGAGUGUGAUAGGAGUUUGAGGAGAGCGGGAAUGAUUGUAAGUUAGGGAGUAAUAGUUGGACGUGAUGUGGGAUGGGAUAGAUGGGUGGGGGUGAGGGAAAGAUUGCUGAGAAUGAGGUAUGAGUGGGAGAAGAAGAGCAGAGAAAUAUUUGUGACAGGGUAGGGUGUAAUAAGAGAAGAUGAAGAUAGAGCUCCACCUAGAAGAGUUAGCACUAUGGAGCUCUGUGCAGUGUUUAAAAACAGAAUAUCACCAUUAGUAAUGAAAGCAUUGCUCCGUACUGUUGGUGGGGUUCAGGGGAUGUGCCAUGGAAUAGUCCUCCCAUGCUGCUUUUUUCGUGUUAGUUGGACCUAAUGGGAAGGCAAAGUGAUGUGAUGUCACAUUAGCCUGCAUACUACAAGCUCCACUCAUGAGAAGAAUACCAUAGUGAGCCUGCCCUUUCUUCUCCACCAGCAAUGACAGUAAUGUAUUAUGUACGGCAAAUGGCAGUAAUGCAUUGUUUGCAUGGUGCAGGUCAAAUCGAUUAGCAACAUUCUAAAUUAAAAUGAGGCAGGCCAGUCAGAGAGAUCUUUUCAUCUCUUUGCCGGUUUGCACUCAGCCGGCUCUCCGGCUGAAUUACGGUGUCUAGGUACAAACAGCACACAUCAAAGAUCCUACUUCAAACAGAACACAGGAUGGUUAAGGCUUCAUUGGCCUUGAUUUUCUACAGUUCCACUAGACAAGGAAUUACUGGUGUGUCUUAAGUUUUUGGAUAAGAUUGUUCAUCUUAUAAAGUUGCAUAGUAAUCUAUGUUGAAAAAGACUAAAGUCCAUUAAGAUCAACCUUUAAAACCAAUUCCUUUAUGCUGUUUGUCCAAAGGAAGGCAAAAAUACCAAAUUGUAGAAAAUUCCAGUUAUACUACUAAAAGGGGAAAAUAAAAAAUCCUCCCUCACUCCAUAAUGGCAGUCAGAUUUCUCCUUAGAUCAACAACCUGUUCACAUACAUAUUAGCUGUAUCCUUGAAUAGUGUGUUUUUGCAAAAAGGAAAAAAAACAUCCAGGCCUUAAAAAAAACAACAACAAUUCUUCAGAAUUUGACACCCUCUUUAGGUAGAGAAUUUCACAUGGUUUGUUCUGACCCAGUAUAUAUUCAUAUAGUGCUAUCAUAUCUUAGACACCUUUUUUUUUUUCUUGUAAAACCAAAUGCGAUUUUUCUUGCCUUUCUUCAUAACCAAUGCUUUCCAUCCCCUUUAUUAGUGUUAAAGGACCACUGUAGGCACCCAGACCACUUCAGCUUAAUGAAGUGGUCUGGGUGCCUGGUCCAGCUAGGAUUAACCGAUUUUUAUUUUUUAUUUUUAUAAACAUAGCAGUUUCAGAGAUUGCGUGAUUCUCACUGUGAAAAUCACAGUGAGAGCACGCAAGCGUCCAUAGGAAAGCAUUGUAAAUGCUUUCCUAUGCGACCGGCUGAAUGCGCGUGCAGCUCUUGCCGCGCGUGCGCAUUUAGCCGAAUGGGAGGAUCGGAGGAGGAGAGCUCCCCGCCCAGCGCUGGAAAAAGGUACGUUUUUACCCCUUUCCUCUCCCCAGAGCCGGGCGGGAGGGGGACCCUGAAGGUGAGGGCACCCUCAGGGCACUAUAGUGCCAGGAAAACGAGUAUGUUUUCCUGGCACUAUAGUGCUCCUUUAAAGAUCGCCUCUGCCCUCGACAAGAGCCUAUAUGUUCUUAGCUGAUAUUCCAAUGAUAUACAAUAGCCCUGCGCCACAAGGUGGGGAUUUUUUUUAUGUUGUGCUUAACAUGAUGGACUUUCUUGUCCUCUGUAUAACAUUUCCAGGGCUAGUCACUUACCAACUAUAUGAGUAAGUUAAUAUUUGAUCAUUGGGUGUUCCUGCUUUAAGUUCAGAAAGUGUUUCUUCAACAAAUUCGCUGGUCUUUCUCUAGGAAAGCAAUCAGAUUCAUAUAUUUCUAUGUACACCUCCGGUUCUCAUUAUAUUCUUUUCUUCUUCUUCAUUUUCUAGAUCUGUCAAGUGAAUCUGGAAGGCAAGACUUUUUACUCCAAGAAAGAUAAACCUCUGUGCAAGACCCAUGCUUUCUCCAACGUCUGAGGAGCAAAAAGACACUUCCACCUAGCCACACUCACAUCAUCACUCCAAAGAGUAAACAUACACACCCACAAAAACGCACACCCCUUUACACACUGGGGCCGCUUCCAUGAAAUAUGGCACACCUGAGAUCCUGCUCAGCAUUGGUCCGUUACAUUUAGGCAGGGAAUGAGGAAUUGUUGCAGGAGUAGUUCUUCUGAGAUAGGAAUAUUUAAUAGCGGCAGUCCUAACCAAGCUGAAGUUUUUGUUUUGAUUUGUUUUAGUUUUGUUUAUUUUGUCAUGUCUUAGUAUUACCUUAUUGGAUUUAGGUUAUUCCCUGGAGCUAAUAAGUCCUGAUGCUUUUUAGUAUACAGUGCUCGGAUUUAGGUUAUUCCCUGGAGCUAAUGAGUCCUGAUGCUUUUUAGUCUACAGUGCUCGGGCUUGCAAUAAUACCUGACACUAGCGUUCCGUAAUCUGUUACAGCUUACGUUUAUAGCCAAGGCGGUUUCCAGAAAAACAUUGCCUGCAUUUGGGGAAUUUCUCCAAAUUACAUCAUGUCUGGUCCACACGAUCAGAUUAAUUUAAAAAAAAAAAAAACGAAUAAUAAAAAAAAAAAAUGCUUUCAAACGAUUUUGUAUAAGAAAAAGUAAAAUAAAGAAUAACUAUUAGUGGCACCUUUUUCUAAUAUUUGCCAGAACAAAAAACGUUAAAGCUGUCCAGUGAGCUCUGAUUUAUCUACACACAAAGCCUUGCUCACUUUGCACACAAGCUAUGUUUUGGGUAGGGUUUCCUUUGUAUUCAUUUCUGACAAAGGAAAAUUCACAGAGAACAAGGCACAUAUAGAGGUUUAGGAAGAAGAUUAGAUGAUCUGGGGAGUCGAUCAGUUUACAGGGUGCUGAGAGUAUAUGAGACCCUUGCAGACGGCUUAAGUCAUGCAGUUUACAGGUUUGGGAUAAGAUUGUGCUUUACAGUCGUAUUUGUUGUGCAGUGAUUGCAAAUCAUACAUUUUCUUUGUACGUAUAGUUGUAUGGAGUGUUUACAUUACAUUCUGAGGAUCAUUGUUACAUUGUAAAUCACACCGGCUUAUGAAGCAGAGGUGGUGCAGAAUGGUUGUGCAUGGUCUGCAUACAUUAUAUACACCAUAAUUCACAGCUAAGCACCUUCCUGCCAUCCAACUGCAGUGAUACUCAGCCUAAAAGUCAUUUCUGUAAAUCCGGCCUAUCACACAGUACAUGAGCAUCUUCCUGUCUAGCUUCUUGAAUACAGCAUGGGGGCUGAAACCAAAACUUAGGCUGGCUGAGAAUCAUGAGAUUUGCAGUUCAUUUACAGUGGCAGCUACUACUACAGAGAUAAUCAGCUGUGCUGCACACCUGCCCUACAUACACCUCAUGCACAGCCAUAUUUUUGUCCGACCACUGCGUUUUAAUCAGAUCUUUUGAUAGGGUUGGUUUAUAAACUGAUUAAACGAUUACCAUAAUGCAAUUUUACUGAGAUCUCUAUUAGUGGUGGCCACAUGGUUAACUGUCUGCAAUAAAAAAAUAAAAUGUUUGUGUGCUUGCAAAUGAUUUAAAAAUUAUGCUGUUUGAAUCUUUGUAAUGGAUACAGUGAACUGGGUUCUGUUUAUAGCCCUGUUAUCUCCGAAGAGUUAAGAUUUUUGGUUCUAAGCCUUUUGAAUGAAAUCACUACAUUCCAUGUAAUAAAGGUUGAAAGGCUAUGCAUCAGAACACAUUUUACAUUCCGCAGAGUUUAUGACAGAUGCACGUUAAAGGGACACUAUAGUCACCAGAACAACUACAGCUUAUUGAAUUUCUUCUGGUGAGUAGAAUCAUUACCUUCAGGCUUUGGCAGUAAACACUGUAUUUUUUUAGAGAAAAUUAAGUGUUUGCAUUACAGCCUAGUGAUACCUUCACUGGCCACUCCUCAUAUGGCUACUAGAGGUGCUUCCUUGGAGACACUGAGCUUUCCUCAUUGAUUCAACACAUCUCUAUGAGGAGAUGCUGAUUGGCCAGGGUUGUGUUUGACUUGUGCUGACUCUGCCCCUGAUCUGCCUCCUUGACAGUCUCAGCUAAUCCUAUUGGAAAGCAUUGUGAUUUGCUGAGAACACCACUUCUGAUGAUGUCAACUAAGCAGGCAGAUCAGGGGCAUAGGCAGCAGUGAAAUACUUGAAUACAAGUAAGAUUUUACUAUAUUUAUGGAGGCAAGGGAAGGCCAGGAAUAAAUUUUUGUGUUCCUGACCGUAUAGUAUUCCUUUAAAAAGAAACCCUAAAAUCGGGUCAUGGUCUGAAGGGUUUGAGAUGCUGGUAAGCGGCAGGUCUGAGGAAGUUGCUGAGUAUAAUUACCCAGUGUUAAAAAUCAUAAAAGCAGCCGCGCUAUGUGCAACCAAUUUUAGUCUAGGAAAACAAUCUACAAACCGGAAGAGAUACAUUUAAUAGUGACCUGUCUGAUUUUGUACUUGUACACAGCAUGUGAAUGAUACUUCUGUCUUAACGGAACAGCCCUGCUGAAGUAAAAUGUUCAGCUCUUUGAAGUUUAUAUGGAGACAGUAGUUGAAACCACUUUCCAACAAUAUCAAUACUGCUGCCCCUGACUUGCUUCCUCCAGCCACCUAAUAUAAAGAAGGUUUUACCAGGCAUUUCUCUAAAGUGUAGGCAUUGUGGCCAUUACAUGCCAAUGUAGUGGUAAUGGUGUCAUUGGACUGCUGCCAUUAUCCCUGGUUUACCCAGAACUCACUCACCAGAAUUAUUAAUGUGGAUGUUCAAUUUCCACUUUAGCGGUCUUAGUUUAUUCUAUAUUUUAAAGUCAUUGAUUGGCUGAGUGCCAAAUCUGUCCCUUCAAUACUACGCGGAAAAUGGUUAUAAGAUCUUGCAUUACAAAUAGGGUCAAAGCUUAAAUAGGUGGGUUUAAAAGGGAUAGUAGCAGUUUAACUUGAAAUUUUAUUUACAGAAUACAACAGAAGCACUAAAAAUAUGUGUGGUUUUAUAGUAAUUGCAUAAAAUGUAUGUUAUCUUAAACUUUACCUGUAGACAUUUAGUUCACAUUUCCCAUUAUACAUCUUCGUGGAUUUCUGUUGUGCAGUGCUCAGCUUACAACUGCAGUCUGGGAGGUACCAGUGUGACUCUUCCUCACCUGAUACCUUCACAUCUAAUGCCUCUCCUAUAAUCAUUCUGUUUGGCCCAUCCUCCUCCAAGGUGAUUGACUGUUGGUUCACCUUUUUCGCAAACUGUUUUCAUAAUAUCUGCUGCUAUUCACACCAUAGAUGCACUGGAAGGGUGAAUUACUGUUCUUUGAUGUGUGGUGCUAAAACAAAGCAUGGACACAUAGGUGAAACAAUAUGGGCCAAAAUGGGAUAAAGUAGCACUUCUAAUACAGUUCUACUCUGUUUUAAAUGUGUUAACAAAUACAAAUAAAUUUCACCUUUUGUAUUGUAGUGUCCCUUUAAAGGGAAUCUUAUCAAUUAAACGUGUAUGAUUUAUGGUAGUUGCAUGGUAUAAUAAAAGGAAACUGGAGGUAUAAAGGAGGCGUGUGUCAUGAAAGUACCAGUGAUAUUCCAAAAAACAAAAAAAACAAACGACUGUAUUUGUUGGGUUUGGGUGAAGAUUAUAUGUUCAGGAAACAUGUUCAAUGUUUUUAAGAGGGAAUCGUGUAUCUCAUCUUUAUUAUUCACAAACAGGUAACAGGAACUGCACUCAAUCCACAAGCCAAUUAGGUGCUUCAGUAGACCAUGGGACAGCACUAGUCCACCUGAAUAUAAAUAGUUGAAGAAAGACGGUAGGUCCAGGCAAUCCGCUGCAUAAAGAGAUACUAUAGGCUCCCCAACCACUUCAGCUCUUUGAAGUGGUCUGGGUGCACUGUAUCUGUUCCCUUAACCCUGCAAAGCUAAUAAAUGCAGUUUUUUUAGAGGGACUUCCGGGCCAUCUAACUGAUGCUGGAUGUCCUCAUGUUAUGCAUUGGGACUUUCAGCAUCACCCAAAACUCCAUAGGAAAACAUUGUAUAAUGCUUUCUUAUGGGGAAAUCCUAAUACAAGUGCUGCCAUUGUGGAGGAGCGAGCCAGCACCGAGGCGCAUCAGACUGAGUAAGUGACAGAAGGGAUUUUUAAUUUAUUUUUUUAACUGG